GGGAACUGCGAUUUCGAUUAUAAUUCCCUGUGCAGCUGGAGGAAUGAGAAAAUACUCGAUCACUUUGACUGGCAAAUAAGAAAAGGACCUACUCCAAGCUAUAAUACAGGACCGGCAAAUGACAAUUCAGGUGAAAACAAAUGUCAAACUUUUAACACUGCUUCAAUGCAGGUUUCAAGUGAGAUGUUUUCACGGACUUUUAGUACUCGAUCUUCUCCAACUUUAUCUUUAUCAUGUAUUAAUCAAUUAUUAGAUGAGGUUUUUGUGAUAUCCGGAAUAAUUGAGGUCGAGGUAAGUGUUAUCAGCCGAACAGAAGGCCCCGAACCCUUUGUAUAAAUGAAAGUAAAAGUAUCUGAAUUUUCAGCAAAAUCCAAGAUAUCACCCAUGUUAAGUGGAGUGGCAAGUUUGUAGCACCUCAUGCUCUAUAAUACAACAACCUGUUGUACUUUAGGGCUAUUGCUUCGUUUCUACGUCCGAAGAAAAGUCCCUUUAUUGUUUCACUCAUGAUGAAAUAAGCAAUAUAAAAAGCUGGUUUAAUCGCUUAAAGACUUCCUACAGCGCUUCAAGAAGCCACUGUUUUGGUCGCCAUGUCCAGUAGGAGAGACUGUUUAUAAUCUAAAUUGAGAACGUUAUACAUUUGCAUAAGAUAUGAUUCAUGCUCCCAUAAUUUCCUGUUUUCAUCCAGAGAGCAUAAGAUGUCGCGUACUCCUCCAACUUUAAUUGCGAUGGUUCAGCAGAAAUUUUGACUAUUACCGUUAUCAUUUCAAGUAAUUGACCACUCCAGAAAAUACCAGAACAUACCAUAAUGCUGUUUGUUUGUCACCCCCCAAUUUUUUCCCGUUUCUCUUGGGGCCAUUUUAACUCCUACGAGAGACUAAAGACAAUGCUUAUGCAAAAUUUUGGGCUGACAGGCAAAGAGCAUUAUGGUAUGUUAUGGUAUUUCUGGAGUGGUCAAUACAAGACAAAGAGUCUUAGAGCACUGAUUCAUUAAGCAAUGUGAAGAUUUUCUUUCUUUGAGCUAAUUUUUUCCCCACAAUUCCAAGGAAACGGUUCAUAUAUCCACAUCGAGACGUCUCUCCCUCGAAAGUACAACGAGAGAGCCUGGCUAGUAAGUCCUUUGAUAAGAGGCGCCAAGCGGAUGACUUUUUUCUACUCCAUGUAUGGGGACACCAUCGAGUCUUUAUCUGUGUUGUUGAGAUCUAGAGUCAACGGUAAUGAGUCCAGAGUCUGGAGUCGUUAUGGAAACCUUAAGACAAGCAAUUGGACAGAGGGAUGCAUUGCUUUUAACUAUUCCGGAAACUACCAGGUUGGAUUUGAACUCGUUCACGCGUGUUCUUCUAAAUUCCAAUAUUCAACAUUAAAUACAAAAACACAAAGUAACUUAUUAAUUAAGACCUACUGAUCUCCACCUCGCAUAAGACGCUACAAGCUUACUCAUGUUUAUCAAAACCAUAUAAUACAAUACAACACUGAACAUACGACAACCGCCAAAGUUGUUUGUUAAUUAAGAGUUACUGGUCACCACCUUACAGAUUUCUCGAGGCCUCAGUAUCAAGUACUGAACAAUGAGUUUUAAAAGUUGCCGAAAUGUCUGAAUUACCUGGGAGAGCGAACUAAUACAAACGUGCUGGGGCUGUGCACAUUUUUAUGAUAGGUCGGAACUUACAAUAAAUACUUUGUAUCCCAAUUCUAUCUAAAAGGGAAUCAUGGUAGGAAAAUGCAUAGUUAUAAUUUUUCCCAGAAAAUAGGACAUGGCUGGUGGACAGGUGCUUCAUUUUGAAAUAUUAAAUCUUUUCUUAAUUGUUUACUAGAAGACCGAUGCAGUACGUUCUGUAUGUGUUACCCAUUUCAGGUUAUAAUCGAGGGUACAGCUGGUCUUUCGUACACAGGCGACAUUGCUGUCGAUGACAUAAGUUUCAGUAGCAACUUAACAUGUGGUAUUGCAAUGAAACUUCUGUAUCCUCAAAUGUUUGGAGGUAUGUUUUCAUCGCUCCCCAAUCUGUGGCGAAGGUCUCUCGAGAUAAAACUUUAAUUUACAACACUAACAAUUUUGUACAAGUACUGUUUCUUCGCAAUUCAAUGCCCUCGGCGUUUAUUUAAAGACCUGCAUAUUCACCCCGGCGUUUAAUCGCAGUGCGGCGCUUAUAAAGAGGUGCCGAAUGCAAUUUCAGUAUUAAUUUCUAACAAACAAAACAGCGAGUAAAAUGAGAAAAAAGUGAGGGAGUAAACUCAGAAAAGGUAAUCUGUUUGUCAUUUAUAUUGGCUUACAAUCAACUGCCACCACCACCACUACUACUAAAUUUAUAACCCUAACCAUUCCUUCAUCAAUAUUGGGUUCUUUGCAAUGCCGCCACCACUUCAACCACCACAUUUACUACUUUUCCUCCAUCGACACCACCACAUUUCUAUUGAGUUUUUCGUCUACUACCACCACCACCACAUUUAUAAUGCUUUCCCUCCGCUGCUACUAUCGCCAUUACAAAUCUAUAAACCUCUGCAAGCCUCGACGAUUAGUCAAUUUUUAAUGCUCGCGUACUGAAGACUCAGCCGUGGUUUACUUUAAUUUUAGGCUGUUUUUCGUGCUCAUCCGGGCCAGUUUCUCUUUCAGACACCCACUCCACAACAAAUCCAUGUAUUAAACCAAAUUCUGUAAAAUUGCGUUAAGGAAUACAUUUCCAACCCCAAAGGAAAUGAUACUGAGGAAAUUACUGUCUUAAAAGGAUGCUCUAAAUAAACUACGACAUUAUCGAUGUAAACGUAACUAGAAGACUUUUAAAACUUGAUAAACCACCGUUUAUUCAUGAUAUCAAGAAAAAUAACGAUUAAUGAAUUCCUGCCCUCUUUAAUGAGGUUCCUUCCAAAACGGGAGUUAAACAUCCCCACUAUACUACUUGAAGGCUCUUUACGUACUUCUCUUGAUACGUUUAUUUGGGAGGCUUUCUCAAGCCGAUAUAAUUUUUAGCAGUCUGUCAACACAGUUACGUCUAUAUCUUAGAGGUGCCUUAAUUCGUCAAUCGGCAGUUAUCUCAUGCUACGUCUGUCCAUCUAACAAGGGCAGGUCAUUGCAGCAUUCUCAAGAGAGUAUUUCUACAAUUAUGAAUGACCUCGAGUAAACGCCGGGGGCGUUUAACUCAAAAUAGGCUUUGCUGAGUUUGCGUUUAAUCGGGUAAGGUAAGAGUUGUUGAGAUGAUACUUAUACUGGCCUCUCUGUUCUUAACUUUAAAAGUGCUGUUCAUUUAUUAGUAUUUUUUAAAAUUUUUAUUCCAGCAAACUGUUCCUUUAACAAGAGUUUCUGCGGAUGGCGGAAAGUUACAUGGGACACUCAGUUUCAUUGGUCCAUAAGGAAAACCAGAACCCCAAGCUGGGGAACUGGGCCCAGAUCCGACCACACUGGUAUCUAAAUAUGUUCCAAACACGUUUUUUAGACAAUCAGAGAUAGAAACAUUAUCAACAAUGAGGCAGACUAUAAUGUGAAAAAUUUUGCGACCGAGAUGGGUGUCCUUGACCAAGGCGAAUAACACCCUUCUUCAUAUCAACAAGUUCGAAUCCAAUAACUGUUUUAACCCUCGGACGUACACGCAAAUUCAUACCCCCACCGUGGUACAAGCAGGGGGUGGAUGGAACCCCUACCCGGGGUUUUUGAUACGUUGCAGUAUUUUAAAACGUUUUUACCUUUAGUGGAAAGCCUUUGAUCUUCUUAACAAGAUGAGGUAUAUUUUAGGGGCGGUGGCGCUGCUGGAGGCCUCUGACGUUACCAACAAUUGUCACCAUCUUGGAUUUUACCAAGAAUUAGAAAUCAGCUUAAAACCGCGAGAAAAAAAGCACAUAAAUAAGCACUUUGCAUGAUUUUAGUCAGAAGAUUUCCUUUUUUGUUGAGGAAAGUUGAAAAAAACAUGUAUUUUCACCCAAAAUUGGUUUGACCACCUGCUACUUAUGAUGUCAGAUCUCGGAACCAUAGCAACUGACCAUUACUAAACUUGUCUCAAAAUGUGCGCGGGGGAUGAACGAACAGCUACUGAAAUCGUCAGGUACUGAUGUUUUAUCCUCUAGGAAAACCAUCGGGGUUCCCGGCAGUUGCAGUAUGAAAUGUCAGACAUUCUUCAAAGAGCUGUUGUAAUCUGUUGAUUGGUGUGUUUGCUAUUCUUGCUAUGUUUGGGGGAAGUGGUCCGGAUUUUUUUUCUUACCAUAAUUCAUGAAAUCUUACGCCAUUUUGUCCUGCUACGCUACCCCGCCUUCCGCUGCCCCCUUUUUCUUUCGUUAUUUUUACAGCUGGCGUCAAUUGUAGUAAUAUCGGGAAAAAUCCUCCAAAUGUGGUCAACUUUUUUGAAAAAAGUAAUGUAUAAUCGCAUGAUUGAAUUCGUCGAGCAGUAUAAUAUACUAUACCGCUGCCAGUUUGGAUUUCUUAAAAACUAUUCAACGUCUCAUGUUCUAAUCCAUCUGAUAAAUAGAAUCUCUUCGGCAAUUGACCCGCGUGAAACUACUGUAGGUGUGUUCCUAGAUCUCUCCAAAGCUUUUGACACUCUUGAUCGUCAAAUCUUAUUCACCAAGCUGGAGCACUAUGGUAUUAAUCAAACUUGUUCCUCAAUGCAGACGGUUAAGUGUGGAGUUCCUCAAGGAUCCAUCUUGGGCCCUUUAUUCUUCAUACUUUACAUAAAUGAUCUUCCUAAAGCCUCCAAAUUAACUGGGCGUCUCCUUUUUCCUGACGACAAGAGUAUCUUAUUUUCACACUCUAAUCCCAACUACUUAGAGAAUGUGCUUAAUAAUGAGUUACUAAAUAUUGAUGUUUGGUUAAGAUGCAAUAGCUCUCAGUUAAUAUCAAAAAGACAAAUUAUGUUACCUUUAGUUCGAGUCAGAGGAAACUCAAUCACAGUUUUUCUCUCUCUUUUGGAGGUCAACCUUUAAUUUAAAGCAAUGUAACUAAAUUUCUUGGGGUGUACCUAGACGAACAUCUUACUUGAAAAUAUCACAUAAACUUUGUUUCUAAGUUUCUACUUAUCUUGUAAGACCAAAUUCAUGCUGUACUACACAUUAAUUUAUCCUUAUAUUACCUAUAAUUGUAAGUCCACGUGGUCGUCUACUUACGUAUCUAAUUUAAACAGAAUUUACUAUCUACAAAAGCGGGCUGUGUGAGCUAUUACAAAUUCAGAAUAUCGAGCACAUACUGCUCCUCUAUUCUCCAAAUUGGAAAUUCUGGAUAUUUUCCAAGUCAAUACGCUCGAUACUGCUAAAUUUAUGUUUCGCUACCACAAUAAUCUGCUGCCUCCACUCUUCUGCAAUCUGUUUAUGACAAACAGUGAAGUCCAUAGAUAUGACACAAGAACAGUCAGUAAUUAUCGAAUACAGUUCCUACGAUCGUCAAGAAAUUCAUAAUACUUUUCCAAGGACCUGGAAUCUGGAACUGUCUUCCUGCAUCUGUUACAAACUUGUCAAGCUUUUCGAUCUUUAAGAACCAAAGCGCUAGAGUUUUCAUUAAAAUAGUAACUGAAUUAGUUUAGCCGCACUUCCUUCGCGGCCCUUAUUUCUUAUAAUAUUGUGAUGUCGAGGUGUCCUAUCUAUAUAAGCCUGGUGGUUUCUUGAGGUCUCCUCGCCUAACAACCUGCUGUAUCCUGUAAAAUUUGCUGUAACAAAAAGGCUAAUAGAUGAUGAUGAUGAUUCUUGAAAACAGCCAUUUUGUAAUGCCGACUAAGCUUUAUUUGCUCAUUUGUAGGAGGAGGAAACUACAUCUACGUUGAAGCUUCGUCUCCCAGAAGGCCAAAUGAUAAAGCAAGGUUAUUGAGUCCACUUCUACAAGGUCCAAAAUGUCUUCACCUUUUUUACCAUAUGUACGGACGUCAUAUAGGAACCCUUGAUGUAUCUCUUUACCCAAAUAAAGUCCCAAAAAAAGACUGGGAUAGUGAACUGGUCACCUUAUGGAGCGUAUCAGGAGGACAAGGGAACAGAUGGUUGAAGGCCGGUGUCAAUAUAGUUUACAAUGGCGAGUUUCGGGUAGGUUGAAGGAACAAGGCGAAUUGAAUAAUGCACAAUACAUUGAAUGGGAAAAAAUACUUGUGGACUAUUGUGGACUUUUUGGACUAUUGCGUCAACACUUUAUUAAGCAGUGUUUCAAAACGGAGGUAUCCAUGGACGUUUUUCGCUUUUUAAUGUGGACAGGCUUCAAGAAAAGUUUCAAAACAUCGCUUUUCUUACAUACCACAGUAAAAACUUGCAUAUUCACUCUAUUGUUUUUGUUCGUUAUAGCUCGAUCGGUUUUGAGGUUAUACGCCUUAUUUGCAUCCCGUAAUCAUAGAGCCAGCUUGUUCUUGGGUCUCAGCAGGAUUCCGGACGAGCAGUGUAAACUGAUCUCAGUGAAAAAGUUUCCUUCUGUUCAUUUUCAAUUGUUUUAAAAUAACGUUGACAACUUCUACCGAUUCUUAGAUUUCUCUACUUUGAUAAAAUGUCACUGUAGGUUGUUUUGACAGCAAUUGUCGGGCUGGGCUAUCAAGGCGAUAUUGCUGUAGAUGACGUUUCGUUUACCGAUGGCUUGUGUGAUGGUAAGUCAUAAAUUUAAUUAACCGAGUAAUUAAACUGCCCAGGAAGUCAGUCAUAAAAUUGGCAAUGAAAUUGUUGUUCAUAAUUUUGUUUAUUUAUUAUUUUUUGCUUUUCCUAAGGGGACUGUAACUUCGAUAAACACUGGUGUUCUUGGAAAGCAAACACCAAUUUCAGCUUUAAAUGGACAAGAGGGUAUGGCAAGACACCAAGCGUAGAUACCGGGCCAAGCAGAGAUCACACUACAGGUAAAGUUCUUCUUUUCUAAAAUGGUCAUGUUUCAUUACAUUCUAUGAUAAUGAAGAGAUAACUUUGUCAAAAAAAAAAGCAGAACUAAUGAUCAAGAAAAAACGCUGUGGUUAAAUUGCAGUGGAGGAUAUCUUCAAUAUUCAACCAAGCUAAUAAAGUUGUGAAAUUUGUUAUCAUUGUCAAGGCUUUUAAAACAAUUUAUGAUAAUAUCGGUGACUUCACCCGCUCUGGAGUGUUGAGGCAUAAAUCCUUAAAUGACCACCAGAACUGAAACAUUGAAGCAUCGAGUCAUGGUAAAGUAGCAGAAGAGUACGUUUUAAGGCUCAAUUGGAAAAUCUUUGAAAAAAAAAAUUUCAGCCAGUUUUUCACAAGGAGGAUUUAUGUGAAAAUGCUUUUCUUCGCCACCUCAUACUAUAGUAGGAAAAUGAGGAGCGAUCUCACAAUCUCACUGCAAGUAUUACAACUCUAACAAGUGUUGUACAAGUCCUUUGCUUCUGUUACUUAGGCAAUGGUCAGUAUAUUUACAUAGAGACUUCCGCUCCACGAAAAGCAGGAGACACCGCUCGGUUAGUUAGCCCACUAAUGAGGGGCCCGCAAUGUAUGACAUUCUACUACCACAUGUAUGGUGAUACCAUGAGCUGUAUUGUUAUAUACAUAAAACGACAAGACUCAAACAAGUUGAAACCGCUUUGGCUAAAGUCGGAGAACCGUGGAGACUUGUGGAUCCGAGGACAAAUAAGUAUCAAUGAGUCUUCAGUUUAUCAAGUGAGUCACAUUUGUAUAUUUACUUUUUUGUUUUGUUUAUUUCUUUUUUUCAAUUUUAUUUGCUUUUGUGAAAGCCACCUGCUGUAUGAUAUACUUAUGCGUCCGAUUAAAAAAAUUGCGGAAUCGCACAUUUCGGCAUUACCAGACACACACAGAGCUGGCGUAUUUGCAUCUAUAACUCCUAGUAGUAGGUUUUUUACGUUUCCAAAAUACCAGUGGAAGACAUUUGUAGCCAUCUUUCUAGGAACUUUUAUUUCUUCUUUGGAAGGAGACUAAAACAGUUAAACAGUCUUUACACAGGCCUCUUUUUCACCAGUUUCGCCAUCGUCUUUGUUGUUGCUGCUGUUGUUGUCUUGGUUGAAACAGCUUCUGUCAUACUUUCUCCAGGCUUUCACUCGCUCAAGCUGACUAAGCUCACAAACAUUUUCAAGUCUGCGCGCCAUGUAAGGCAAGAGAAAGAAAUCAGCUUUCCCUUGACGUCAUACACAUACUUGCAUUCUGAUAGAUAAUUUGCAAGGGCCUAGCGGGAUUAGUAUUCAGAACGGGGAGAAGUAGUAUAGGGGCGCAACGACUUUAUUUUUGAAAUAGAAUCUCAUUAUUUUUUGAAGUAGAAUACAUUUACGCUAGUGACGUCAUAGCCUCAUGACUAACACGCCAAGCGGUGGUAAUGGUGCAGGAAAAGCAAUAGAAUUGUGUUGGUUAUGGUGGUGGAGGAAAACCAAUGAAAAUGAUGGUGGAGGUGUGGAGGAAAAAUAAUGGAAUGUGAUGGUGGUGGUGGUGGUGGUGGUGGUAGAGAGAAAACAAUAAAAAUGUUGUGGCGGUGGUGGUAAAGGGUAAAACAUUACAAAUAUGGUGGUGGUAGUGGUGUAGGAGGGAAAACAAUAGAAAUAUGGUGGUGGUGGUGGUGGUGGUGGUGGUGGAGGGAAAAACCGGAUCUAGAGCAUUGGACAAAUAAAUUAGAGACCUUUAGAUUCGAGGACACAACUAUGUACACAACUUAAUAUUAAUAAGAAAUCAGUUAACUUUAAAAUCGUUCUGCUUUCCUAUCAAAGGCUGAAAAUAAUUUGUCACUACAACUAAAAAACCACCAACUCAAUUUGAUAAGUGCAAAUAAAAAACUAGAAUUCUACUCCAUCUUCAAAAAUGAAACAAAGUACUCUGAAUUCAUCAAUCAUAUCCGAAAUCCUAAACACAAACGUGUUGCCUCCAAAUUUAGAAUACGAAAUCAUAACUUAAAAAUCGAAACUGGAAGAUUUACAAUUCGCAAAACUCCUCAAGAUCUUAGAAUUUGUGAUCGCUACAGUCUAAAUUCAGCUGAAAAUGAAAUGCACGUGGUAUUUCACUGUGACCUAAGUGAUGAUUUGAGCAAGACUGCAUAAAAAAACAGACUUUAUGACGUCACUUAUUUAAAUAUGUAUGUUGAAAAGAAGGGAUUUCUUUCCCAUUAUACUGUUUAUUUGUAUCAGUAUUUUGUUUUUUCUUUUCUAAGAUAAUUGUUGAUGGUGUUAGAGGUACCAGUUAUCUUGGAGACGCGGCACUCGACGACUUUUCAUUCCAAAAAGGAACUUGUAACCAAAGAGGUAUUUACAGAACAGUAAAAAAAUAACAAUUAUAAUUGCCUUUUAAUGUGUAUUUGUCUGACAAGUUUUUAUUUUCCCAGUAGAGGCUUUGGAUUCCGCUUUAGCUAGGCAUUUCAAAAACGCAGUUUUGUGAAAGGUUUGAAAGAGUUCAUAGGUCCUUGGUGUGUGAUAUAGACAAUCAUUCCAAUUUUACGAAGUUUUGUGGUGUAUUGUUGUGCUCUUCCGAGUUUUUUCUCAUUUUUUUCUAAAUAUUUUUAUUAAAAACUGAAUCAUUGGAUAAUGCAAUUCUAGCAUUUUGAUUGGCUUAGCCUUGAUGGUAUAUGAGCUAAUAUACCAUGUUCUCCAUAUAUGGUCGGUGUACGCGUCAGUUUAAAAUUGGAAGCUAGCUGAGAUUAUUUUUCGCGAAGGAUAGAACGGCGCCCGAAGCAAAUCGUUUUAAUUCAUUUCUUAGAAUACUAAAAAUGCAAUUUCAACGAAAAAAAAAGACAAAAACAAACAAAAAAGCCACAAUAGCUUGUUUGAAAGUUUGUCGAAAAACACAUGAAAACACAUGGAACUAAAGUACCUUGACCAGCUACGAAAGAAGACAAGUGUUGUUUCUUCAUGAUCGCGAAGCUAUUCGCCGAUCGAGUCACUCGCCGAUAGAUAACUGCAGCUUGUUUAUCCGACAUCAAGAAUGUAAAUCACAAGUAACGAGCUACAAAUACAGGCUAUGCAGCCAUUCACUAGAGCAAUCGAGGCGGCAGUAUAGCUUCUUUUCUCGUUCAGCAAAACCAGCUUGUGGCUUCAAACAACUUCAUAACAAGCGACCGAGGUAAUACCGGUAGUUUUUCUCCGUUGUUCUUUCUUUUAUAACUGCACCGAAAAUCCAAAUUCAUAGUAAUUUCGACGGCUGUCACUUAAAAAUUCCUUUCCUUCACAUUAUCUGCCAGGUUUUUAAAGCUGUUCUGCUGCGUAAAAUCCUAGAAUCACGAUGAGUUUUUAAAAAACUAAUGUGCAUCGCUACAAUGUUUUGAUUUUUCGUUCAUGCAGUCUAGGCGAGUCCGUUCGCGCGUUGACAGUUUUGAUAGACGUGUGACAUGUGAAUAGCGGAAGUCCCUUGUCUUUUCCGGUUUGUUCUAGUCGGGGCGAUUCGACGAGAUUUUGUGGGCGUUUUUAAUAAAACAAUUAUUCCACUCGGGCUUGUUGGAUAUGAAAUAAUUAUAGCCAACUCGGCGCUAUGCUAUCUGUCAUCUCAUAUCCAACGUGCCCUCGUGGAAUAAUUGUUAAAUAUUCGCUGACACGGCAUUUGCCGUUGAGAUUUCAUGUAUACCCAUCCUUAGUUAUUUUACAUUUCUUGACAACUUCGAGUUUACUUUGUAUACACUUCUGUGAAACUACUUUUUUGCUCAAUUGUAGGUGAAACCACCUAUCACGUUUCUUCAUACGAAGGCAAAGUGUACCGAAUCUCCUCACAACCCUACGGACACAGUCUCUACUCCGAAGAAUUCCGAUUCACUCUCAAACAUCCCCUGGGAAAUCCGAAUGAGGUAGCGCAUGUUAUCUACUCUCGAGAGUCCAGAGGACACAGUUUCAUUGAAUCAAAUCUGGAUCUCUCUAACCAGGGGAACUUUCCCAUCGAUAUGGCUACUCAAAGUGAUGGACACGACGAACGACAUAAAACCAAGGUUUAUUUGAUAAAAAGGAAUCGUUAUGGAACUAUGCUUAGCCUCUAUGACCAUAAAAAUGUGGAUUGUUGCAGUAAAGAUGUCAUUUUCUCUUUUAGUGCAUAUAAUGUUUCCCGAACAGGUAAGAGAAAAAAGAAAGAAAAAAAAGCAUUUAGUUUGGGUUUGUUGUUCCUUCCUGUGGGUGACAUAGCCUGAGAAAACAGCCGAUAUUUCGCGAUGACACUGUAGCAUCAGGUCAGCAGUUAUAUUUAGCGCAUGCCUACUGAAUAAGUGUCUUCAUUUCCAUCCGCCAUCUUGAGUGUAUGUUGUGUCUUCUCGGAGAACACUUCAUGGUGUCAGAAGUGGGAUGGAGCACCUGAAACCGCCUGAAGCUCUGAUAUUGUCUGCAGCGACGAAUAAAGCCGAAGCAUGGCGACGUUGGAAAAUGUGUCAUGGGACCUGUGCAAAGUUGCGAGCGGACUAGAUCAAAAGGAUGAGAAGAUUCAAGUCGCUACGUUGCUCCACGUGCUUGGCAAGGAAUGUGUGAAAAUUUUUUCAAAUUUUGUGUGGGAUUCCGAGGAUGAUCGGGAUAAAAUUGAGGCCAUCGAGGGAAAGUUCAAAGCUCAUUGUGCAUCACUGACCUCGAGGCACUUCAAUCGUUAUUUGUUCAUCGAACGGAAACAGCAAGACGGAGAGACAGUCGAUGAAUUCUGUAGCGCAUUUAAAACACUAGCUAAGAACAGCGACCUCGGUGAUAAAGAAGAAUCUUGGAUUACAUCCAUGUUAGUCCUGGGGCUUAAGGAUCCGUUUUCCGAAGAAAGGUUGAUGGAGAGAGAACAGAGUUUAGAGAAAACAUUGCAAGCAGCUCGCAUCGCCGAAACAAGCAAGCAGCACAUGAAGAGCAUAAAAGAAGAGGGUAGCAAAGUUGAGAAAGUGGAUGUAGUAGACGGCAAAGGACAGAAGCCUCAAUGGGGAAUGCCCUGUAGGAGUUGUGGUAUUCGACAUGCCCGAGAUUCAUGUCCUGCUGCUGGGCGACGCUGCCACAAGUGCGAGAAAAUGAACCAUUUUUCAAGGAUGUGUCGUACCCCAAAUGGACAAACGAAACAGGUAAACACUCUGAAGUUAUGAUCAUUGGAGCAGUCAAUGCAGGAGACAAAGACUGGGUUGAAACUGUCAAUUUUGGAACUGUUCAAGAAGUCUUUAAACUAGAUACUGGGGCCCAUUGCAAUGUCUUGCCCAAAACCGCAUAUGACAAAAUUACAACAACCCCUUUGCAACCUUCCUCGGCAAGAUUAGAAAGUUACUCCAAAACUUGUAUUAGACCUGUUGGAAAGUGUGAGUUGCCUUGUUGGGUGCGUGGGGAAAGGUAUCAAGUAUGUUUUCAAGUGGUUGAUGGAAAUUACAUGCCCCUUCUGGGUAGAUCAUCCUGUGAGAAUAUGGGCCUAAUCCAGCGCAUAAAUGCUAUUGAAAGUGUCAGUAUUCUUGAUGAGUUCUCUGAAGUAUUCCAAGGACUUGGGUGCCUCCCAGGGAAAUAUCACAUUAGUGUUGACCCCUCUGUUCCUCCUGUGGUCCACUCACCCAGACAAGUUCCUCACUCCAAGCGAGUCCCACUGAAGAAAGAGUUAGAUCGGAUGGAGAAUGUUGGCAUUGUAGAGAAAGUUCCCUUGAAUGAACCUGCCGAUUGGGUAAGCAGCCUUGUUUGUGUUGAUAAACCGGAUGGGUCUAUUCGUGUAUGCUUAGAUCCUUAAUGUUGCCAUUAAAAGAGAACACUACCCUCUACCAGUGGUAGAUGACAUCACAACUAAUUGUUCAGAAGCCACACUAUUUUCAACUUUUGAUGCAGAAAAAGCAGUCUACCAGAUCCAGUUAGACGAGGAGAGUAGCAAGCUCCUGACAUUUAAUACCCCCUUCGGGAGGCAUAGAUACCUGAGGAUGCCGAUGGGUAUUAAGUCUGCUCCAGAAGUUUACCAACAAAGAAUGGAGCAAGUCUUUGAAGGACUCCCAGGUGUGAAAGUCAUCAUGGAUGACAUAAUCAUACAUGGUCGAACUGGGCCGGAACAUGAUACACGGUUGAGGGCUGUUCUGCAGCGUGCCAAAGAUAACAAUCUCAGAUUGAAGAAGUCAAAGUGCCACAUACAACAGGAAGAGGUGAAGUUCCAUGGCCAUUUGUUCUCCCAUGACGGUUUGAAGACAGACCCAGAGAAGGUCCGAGCCAAGGUUGAAAUGCCAAGGCCAACAGACAAAUCUGGUGUACAAAGAUUGUUGGGGAUGAUCAACUAUGUCAGUAAAUUCAUCCCCAACAUGUCUGACCUUACUGCACCAUUAAGACAGUUACUACAACAAGAUGUUGAGUGGAAAUGGGAAGAGCAGCAGAAAGGUUGUUUUAAAGCAAUCAAGGAAUCGCUUGUCUGCGCCCCUAUUUUAGGAUGUUAUGAUGCAAAGAAAUCCCUGACGCUAAAAGUUGAUGCCAGGUUCAACUGGGCUAGGUGCAGCAUUGAUUCAGGAAGACCGACCGACAGCUUAUGCCUCAAAGGCACUUACGCCCACUCAAGAAAGGUAUGCCCAAAUUGAAAAGGAACUUUUGGCACUAGUAUUUGGCUGUGCCAAAUUUGCAGAGUACAUCGUGGGUCGUGAUGUCACCGUUGAAUCAGAUCGUAAACCUUUGGAGGCAAUUAUGAAGAAACCCUUACACGUAGCACCCUUACGGCUGCAACGGAUGUGGUCCAACUCCAGCGCUUUCCAGGAAUCAAUGUGGUAUACAAGCGUGGAGACAGCCUACAUUUAGCGGAUGCUUUGUCUGGAGCCCAUUUGGAAGAACAGCUGACGAAUGCUGAGCAAUUGGACAUAAACUUAGUAGAGGAUGUUAUCUCUGACCACCAGUUGGCCCGUUUCGCUGAGGCAACUAAGGAAGAUGCGAUUUUGUCUGACCUACAACAAGUUAUUUUGGCGGGUUGGCCAGAUUUCAAUCUCACCCAAUGCACAGGAGUUUUGGAAUUACUGUGAUGAAUUAACAGUAACCCAGGGACUGAUCGUUAAGGGACAAAAGACUGCUGUACCAAGUAGCUUGAGAGGAGAGAUGCUUGAGAAACUGCAUGAGAGACACCUUGGUAUCAACAAGACAGUAGCGAGAGCGCGGGACGUAUUGUUCUGGCCCAGGAUGAGUGUGGAGAUAACCGAGAAGAUUAAAAACUGUCCUGUAUGUCUACAAAAACGACCAAGUCAGCAGCCUGAACCAUUGAAGUCGCACGAGAAAGGCAGAGAAAGCAGAAGCUGCAGCAUGACAGAAAAGCAAAGGAACUGCCCCCUUUGAGGGAUGGUGAGGUUGUAACAGUUGGAGAAGGCAACAGGUGGAAACCUGCUAGAGUUACACAGGUUCUUCCCUCACCCAGAUCUUAUGAGGUUGAAACAGAGCGUGGAGAGUACCGAAGAAACCGUCGACAUUUAUUAAGUACUGAAGAGUCUCAGAUCCCGGAAAUCACCCCUACACUGGAAGUCUCGAAUGAAGAGCACCUGACAGACACCGAAGUUGAACCAUCCUCUGCUAGAGUGGCCCACGAGAAUCCUGUAACACCGCCAACCGGAAUGUCUACGGGUACUACCACGCGGUCUGGUCGGACAAUUAGGGAACCGCAGAGAUUUAAGGACUAUGUUAAGUAUUAGAUACAAAGCAGACACUUUGCAGCUUUACAUUUAAGCUUUCUGUUUUCAGUUUCCAGGAAAGGACACAUUGCUCUCGUUGCAGCAUUGUCUCGUGUUUCUUUUUUGUUUCCUUUUUUCUUAUUGUUACGGUUUGUUUGUUAAAUUCAGUAAUUUCAGUUUUCUUUGUUUGUUAAAAAAAGGGAUGUAGCUUCAGGUCAGCGGUUAUAUUUAGCGCAUGCCUACUGAAUAAGUGUGUUCAUUUCCAUCCGCCAUCUUGAGUGUAUGUUGUGUCUUCUCGGAGAACACUUCAGCCAGCACUUGUUUCCCCCCGAAAUGACGUCUGAGGAACGAGAGCAGAAGUUCUGUACUGAUUACGUGUCACUAUCCAGAUUUGGGUUGUGCUUCUGAUUGGGUGAAGUAAAUCUUCAACUAAGCAUUACCAAAGAAUCACGCGUAGCAUCAGUAUGGAAUUUCUGCGCUCGUUCCUCAGACGUCAUUUCGGCGAGAACCAGUGGUGACGUCGCGAACUGUUGGUCGUUUUCUCAGGCUAUGUGUGGCAGUAAAUUUGGCUUACUUUUAUGUAUGUCAUGAAAAAAGUAGUAGUUCUGGGAGUUUACAGGUACAGAUGCAGGACACUUGUUAUGGAAGGUUUUAGCUGAAAGUUGCUUAAGGGGCUUUAAUUUACUAUGCACCUUUGAUUUGUUUACUUUUGCAGGAAACCUAUCAACGUCUAACUGCUCACCUGGUUGGUACAAAUCAGGCCACGCCUGCUUUCUUUUUUACUUCUUGUAUUCCAAAACGUGGAGCUCAGCACGGUCAUUUUGUCACAAACAGGAUGCCGAUCUCGCAGUUGUCAUUGACGCCAGGAUGUUAAAACAGCUAGUCAAUAAGAGAAAAGAAAUGACUUUAGAUGAUCGCGAAUUAUUCCUCGGGUUGAUUUGUCGGUUAAACUGGGCCUGGUCGGAUGGGACAAAUAUCUCAGAGACAAACAGAUUUUGGGGUCCAGGAGAACCUAGUGGUGAUGGCAAAUGCGGCUCGUUUUUGAAUGCUGUUAGUUGGGAUUCUGCUUGGAAGGGGUUUGGAUGGCGCUGGAGUGAUGAAGAUUGCACCCGCGUCCGUAAGGGAUUUAUCUGUGAAGAGCCAUUAGGUAGGACAACAAAACUUAAAAGACCGAAACAUUAUUUUUGCACUCAAAAUACGCACAUUGCAAGGAAAUAGCAACUGGGACACCACGGAAGUUUGACUUAAUUGCAUUAUAAUAAUAUACAUUGUAUAUUGUAUAAGAAAUACUGUAACUUGCUCAAACGUCAUAGCAAUCUAACCUGUUAAUACUCCCAUUCAAACUUAUCUCGUACAGCCUUCUGAAAAAUGACGAUUUUUUGAUAGGCAUGGAUUUGGUGAUUUUGUCUAGUUUAGGGUAGCAAAAUUCAGCACAAAUGGUCUGGUAUAGGUUAAGGGUGCCAGGGUUUCAGCGGUUACCCCCCUCCUACAAUUCUGGGAGGGAAGCUAGUAUCAGGAUUAGGAUUUAGCCGCUUUGGAAACGCACCAUACAAAUUCAUUGUCAGGUUUACCAUUGAUUACACACUAUAUGAAUUUUUCGAUUUAUUUUAUAGCUGUGCCUCAUCACUCAGCCUUGUUUACCUUAAGUGGUGUCAAUGGCACUAUGGAUAUCAGUCCACAUAGAGGGACUUCGGCUUUAUCUCACGACAUCAUGUUUGCAACGGGUCCUUAUGGAAACGAAAACGGUUCAUUCUUCUUCAAAGGUAACAACAACAGCUACGUAGAACUGAAGAAUACGGGUAAUCUGGACACCAGAUUCUCCAUCGGAGUUUUUGCUUGGGUUUAUCUCGACAACACCUCUGGCCUAAUAUUCAAGUACGAAAAGAACAACUAUUAUGGCUGCUCAAUGAAGGUGCUUGCGUCAAACUUGGGUGUUACUGUGCGAUAUAUGAACCGGAAAGGUACCAAAAGUUAUGUGCUUUAUAAAAAGAACAUUCUAAGAGCAAACGUUUGGAAUUUUGUUGGAACUUCAUACGAUUAUCACACACGUCUGGCGACUGUUUUUGUCAACAACAGUACAGUGAUAAAGAGAGUACUUUCAACAAAGAUGGAUUUAGCUACUCAGUAUGAUGUAAGAAUUGGAGCGACGAGAAGACAAACCGCCUAUUUUCGCGGAAGAAUUUCGUGCCUACAAAUUUAUGAUCAGGCUUUAUCGAGAGACCAAAUUAUGAAGAUCAAGACAAACUGUAAUGAAACUGGUAAGUAUCAGAUGUGGCCAGCUUCUUUAUCAGCUUGUGCAAAUUAUUAUAAGAUGAGAAGGAUGAGUAAUGAUUUUUUACGUCAAUUAGUUUUAGAACUUUUGCUAUAACCUUUCAAAGCCGGUUGAACAAGAGGUUGAAGAACACGAGGUCUUGAGCCAAAUUAUUAAACUGAAGCAUGAUUUAUAUACACGUCAGAAAGGUAAAUCAUUUUUUAAACGUGUAGAAAUGGAAUAAUCUACUCUGACCUGAGCUUUGCCAAUUGCCGACGUGGAAUCACUAAACCAGCUGUAAUGGAAAAUCACAAGUUGCACUUGACUCGUACGCCUGAUACGUCAGUUGUAAGAACAUCCAAUCGCAACCUGACGUUUCAAGGUUUAACUGCCAUUGUGGGUUCUCAGAAAUAUUUCCGGCCUGAGCAAAUUUUUUUUGAGAAAAACUAUUCUCACGAAUUCAGAACUGACUCUAGACACGAAGCUACAUGUAUAGCUAUACAUGUAUAUCAGGCUAAAAUCAUUCUUAAAACAUUGCUUAAAACACAAAAACCCAGUGACAGUUUUCCUUUUUGAAAUGUUUCCUUGCCAUGGAAUUUAGGGUGGUGAUGCAAACAACAAACUGUCCUAUUUUUACACCGCUAGUCCUUUUGACAAACGCUUGAAUUUCGAUGAAGCAUGAAUUUUUUUCAUAGCUGUAGACAUGUAAUAAGGAAAUAGAUUGACUGUCUUUAAAAAAAUAUGAGAUAAAGCUACCCAUAAAGUGAGAAUGAUACUCAUUCAAAGUAAUUUGCUCCGAACAGAACUAACAUCAUGCAGUCCCAGCUUCUUCCCUUUUCGUGGCGGUUGCUACUCCAUAAACACAAACUUUUCUGGAACAUGGCAAGACGCUCUGGGAUAUUGCAACAAAGUAGUUCAAGGAGGAACACUGGCCAAGAUAUCUAGAGAAGGGCUGAGGUUUACAUUCUCAAGCUUGCUUGACACGAGAAGAUCUAAGCCAAACAACUUAUUCUUUGGACUCCUAACCAAGGACGACUGGGUCUGGAUAGAUAACACACCAUUCAAUAAAUCCCUUUGGAAGCUGAGAUAUCCUAUUGGUGGCCAUGGAAUCCAAAGCUGUGCUGUUAUGUCAGCUGGCUCAUCAAAUAAGAUAAUAAAAAGCGUUGAUUGUCGAUCACCAAAAUAUUUCUUGUGUCAGAAACAAUAUGGUAGGUGAUUAAAAUACUUUAAGUCAGUUGUAGCUUAUUUUGUCAGUUAAGAAUGACAUCAUGGAAACCUCGAAACUUUGUGCAAAAAAUUCUUUGUUUUCACCCUGUAGAGUUGUCAGCAAAAAUGUUAAUUCGUAACGGGCUUGGUAGUUCGUUUCAUCAGGACCACCACAUCUGAUAUGGAAUUCCGUUUAAAGACAUUCCUCCUUUCAAAAUAUACGCUAAAAUCUGCCGUUGGAAUCCCUUUUUUUCAAAUUCUAUUUCGCUCAUGAAUAGCCGACUCUCCAAAACCUCUUAAGAGAGCAAUAUUAACAACUGCCCCUACGCGCACUUUAUGCCGUACCCCUGUACCUUUCGCAACAGCCCUCCUAAGUCAAGUCUAUUUCUCUUUUAGUAAGUUCAUUGUCACACGAGAGUAUCGUGCUAAGUUCAAGCGUGUCGUUGCCCUAUCACACUUCUUUAGCCAUUGAUGGAUCAUAUUCAACUUGCUUCCGUUCUAGUAAGGUAAGGAAUAUCAAAGAAAAAAAAGGAACACGGCUUAGCUGUAUUGCUUAUUUCUAAACCAAUUUUUGUAACUGUUUACCUACCGUUGCGGGAAAAUUUGGAACUUUAUACAACUGUACAGCAUUCCAGGUACAUUUCAUCAAGUUCCUCUUGAAGUUAUUACAAUGGCUUUUUCUUAUACCAUCUUAUACCAUAAUGGCCUCCAUCUCCCUUUACAAUGUUGGGAUAUACAGGAACGGUCAAGUUAAUUUAACGACUCAAACUGAGAAUUACUUAUUCAUAAAUGUGGCCUAAUAACAAGGUGAUUAAGGCUUGAAGGGGGAAUGAAAAUCGUCAGCUUCGUGACUAGUAACCAGUUUCUUCUGGAACUAAAUAUUUGCGUGUGUUUUCUCUAGGAGACUAACCCUUGGUGGCGAGUAACCUUCGAAAGACCGCUGUACGUCGAAUCCAUCGAAAUCAUAGACAACGUCGACUGCUGCCCUCGGGACCAUGGGAUGAUCUCAAUCACCGUGUCUGCUAAUGAAAGAGAUUUUGACACUACCUGUGUUGUUUCCACUGAGUAUGGUAAAGCGCUUAAGUACAAAUUACAAUGUUCUCCACCAGCGCUUGGCACUUACGUAAGAUUUACGUUGACUGGAGAGAACGUCACACUAGUUCUCUGCCAUGUGGUGGUACGAACUCUUGGUAAGUCAAAAAACAAGUGGCUUCCUCCACGAGAAACAAGCGUUUCCCUCCCAGAAACGUUUCUUAUUCAACACUUUCUAGUAACGUUUCUGAAGCGUGAUGUAACAAAUACAAACAAAAGAGGCAGCCACUGACUCCACUACCUUUACACCAUUAUUCUGUUGUAAAAUUUGUGCUGGAUUGAAAGAAAGUCGUUACAUGCAUAAUAUUACAAAUGAGGAGGGGGAGGAGGAGGGGGAAAACAAUAAAAAUGAGAGAAAGGAAAAUCAAAAUAUGCUUAUGGAGUGACAUGUAGUGGUUGCAGUGGUGGUGGUGGAGGGAAACAAUAGAAAUGCGUUGGUGGAGGCAAGAUAGAUCUUUUGACCUGUUAAGUAAAGAUUAACAUCUACAUCUCUAACAUUUUUUGUUCUCGAAAUAUUGAAGCUGUUUGAAAUUCUCCUUCAACUUUGUUGAGACAAGACUUGGUAUGCUGAGAGAAUUUCGAGGCAAAAGUGGUAUCAAUUCUAUCUGCAGAGAAUGCUGAUGAUGCCAAGGGAGUAUUGCGCGAAGGGUGGUAUAAUGUUAACUACAACUCCAAAAAGGCACCGACGAUGCGAGAUAAUCCCGCCUUUAAGCCCCCAGCACAAAGCCGUAUCAUUUUGAGUGAGUUUGAUGCACCAAUAAACGUUGGAGAUAAGUACAUUCAGCGACUGACAAGUUACUUGCAGGUACACUGUAAUUUUUUUUUGUUUAAUAUUUUUUUUCUAAAGCUUGCAUGAUAUUUAGCUCCUCUCCAAGCAGGUCUAAGCGCCAUGACCAAUAGUUCUUGGGUCGUUAAAACUAAUUUGUCGGUAUUUACCAAAGAAUCGGACAAAGCAUCACUCUUUUUAUAUCACCCUAACAAUUCCGCAAGUCCCACUGUCCUCUCGUGAUUUAAGACAGCUGUUGAUGGACUGAUCCUCUCUUGCUGAAGAUAACUCAAUAAAUCCAAUAGCACUUAAAUGCAAGUCAGUCAGUCAGUCAGUCAAGCAUAUGUUCCCAGACCUCUACUCGUUUGUCGACAUUUCCAUUGUUUUUGCAUGAGUAUUCAAUUUUCAACUUUGAAGUACUGGGGUUCCACGAUUGUGAAAUUUCAUACCUGAGGAACAAUUUCAAAACGAGGAUUCCUGGUAAAAUUUUGGGUCUGACGUUAACAAGUUUAAGAGCUAUUUUAUUAUUUUCCUUCCAGAGGAUAGUUGCUUAAUGGCAGUUCCAUUCCAUUUCUCCUCCUCCUGAGGAAUUUAACAGGGCACCAGAGAGCAGGAUCUUGCCUGCCAGUGAAUGAUCCAUAUGAGGAGCACGGUUUAUAUAUCCUAGGAUAGUUGUUCAGAAAGGUGUUUCAAUGGGAAAUUGUCCUCCAUAUCCACCAAUAAAAAGACAUUUCAGCUGUCGUUCCCAGCGCUCCACAUAUAACAAAUAACUUCUCUCAGUUCUAGCACUGGGGGGCCACACAGUCUGUUUGUGUAAACGAUUGUAUUGUAAUUUUAUAGUGAAUGUACUGGAUUUACCGUUUGCUUCAUCUUUAGUGGCAUAUCGUUAAUUACGUGUAUGGAUCAGUCCUAAAUAAACGUUCUCUUUGUCUUACUUGCGGUAAAUUGUCGUCCUUUCACCUCAGAAGUGGCAUUUUGAGCCAUUUUGAAGGAUUUUGAGUUCGCUGUUUACUGUUCCUCUUAAUAGAAGGACCAGGAUGUAAUCAAUUGUUUGCACGGCUCCAGAGCCGGAGCGAUUUUCCUCCAGAAAACCGCAUUGCUCCGCUUUCAAAACUCGCAGCAGAAAGGCCGAAAGAUUCACGCUUCUCCUCGUACCGUCCGAUCGAAAAUCCAAAAGGCCCGGAGCUAGCCCUCGAGGAAAAUUAAAAUCUCACAGUUUUCGAACGGUCAAAAUGCGUAGCAAGAUUUACAUGUACUAGGCAGAAACCGUCCUGCUGAUUGCCUCUCAAAAUACCACUUCUGAGGCAAAAGGACGACAAUUUACCUUAGGUAAGGUACCACAACGUUUAUUUAGCAUUGAUCCAUGCACAUAUGUAACGAUUUACCGCUACUUAUGAAGUAAGAUGACGAAAACGGUCAAUCUAGUACAGCUACUAUAAAAUUACAAUGCAAUCGGUCACACAAACAGACUGUGUGGGUACCCAGUGGUUCUGGUAUUUCACAUUACGUUAUUUAGCAUUUAACAGAUAUGAUUAUGGAUUUUUUUCCUGUUUUUGUUCAUAUUUGUUAGGUCCCUGAAAGCGGCAAUUACACAUUUUAUCUGUCCUGUGAUGAUGUUUGUGAGCUGUGGAAGCAUGAUGUUAGUGAGAAAGGUAUCGAAGAAGUGAAACAAAAACUUCAGAAGGCCUUGGCAAAACAACUAAUCAUUACCCUUAAAAGAAUGACUGGCCAUAAUAGAUGGGACAAGUAAGCAACCUUUUUCUUCAAUAUAUCUUUUAAUAUCAGACUGUCAAAAGCACAGUGUGUGCAAACAACGGUAAAAUGCGACAAUCACAUGACAGCAUUUGUCCUGUAACAGUCAAAGCACUUAACAAACGAUGCAAACGCUUCUAGGGAACGUCAUACCAUUUUCUCGUCUUCCAAGACAACAACAGCUUAGUACAUCAUGUCCUUCAAUUGGAAAGGGGUAGGAGUAACUCACGCAGUUGCCAUUUGCAUCUGUAGGUAUGCGGAACAGCUCUCUCGGCCGAUAUUUUUAGACAAGUGCAGACUUUAUCGUAUGGAGGCCUUUAUGAGAGAAGAGAGCAGCCAAGAUCACAUAUCUCUGGGCAUGCGCAUACCAUCUGGCAGGUAUGAAGGCCCUAUUCCAAGAAGGAGACUGUUUUGGACCAAGCCAGGUAACAUGACUCUAAGCUAGGAAACGCAUUUUUGCCACAUUUGCAAUUAAAGUUUAAACCAUGAGUUUUAACUAUAGACCUUGCAUGAAAUGCGUCCCGUGCAUGUUGUCUUUUGGUUGCCACUGGUACCGGCUGCAAUCAUUUCUUUCUUUACAUCAAGUUUGCUUUUGAUUGUUUACAUGAUACUAGCAUCUCAUAUAAUCAAAACCUCUAUACACAGAAAUGUUGUUUUGGAAUGAAGAUUGUGUAGUAACAAACAGACAACAACACGAAAAGUACAAAAUUACAAACAGCUAACCGGUUGCUGCUUGCUGCAGGUGUGACAAAGGAGUUUUCUUUUCUUGCCCUGCGCGAAGAGGUUACUUUCUGGCAUGGUUUGUAUUUAGGAGCUAAAACAAACAAACUGCGCGACUGACACCCUGACGCGAACCACUUCGAAACAAACUUCCCACCCGACUGACAAGCUUUGUAAGAUUUUGAAAGGAUCUUUUUAAGAUCUUGAACGAGUCUCUUGCAAUCCUUAAGGAUCUUAAAGGAUCGUAGCAAGGUUGUUUGAAAGAUCUUCGAGGGUGUCAUUUAAGAUCCUUGAAAGAUCUUCUUGCAAUCCUCAAGGAUCCUGAAGGAUCUUAGCUAGGUUCUUUGAAAGAUCCUUGAAAGAUACUCACUAAAUAUUCAAGAAUCUUAAAGGAUCUUUACAAAGAUCUUUUCAAGACCCUUUGAAGGAUCCUUCCAAGAUCUAGAAAGAUCCUCUUCCAAUCCUCAAAGAUCUUGAAGGAUCCUAACCUGGUUCUUUAAAAGAUACUUGAAGACAUGAUUUGUGCUUAAAGGGUCCUCGUUAUAUCUUCAGGGAUCUUAACGGAUCUUGGCAAGGAUUUUUGAGAAGAUCUUGAAAGAUCCUCACCACUUCCUCGAAGAUCUUCAAAGGAUCGUUUGAAGAUCCUUAGGCUAAAAGAUCCCCGCAGAUCUUUGACGAUCCUCAAAGAUCUUAAAGGAUCCUGUGAGGAUUUUUACCCUGAAGAAGCCAUGCCAGAAAGAAACCUGGCCGCUUAUAAUUCCUCUUUUAUAUCCUGUAAAUUUUAAUGAAGUAUAAUGAAGUCUCCAAGCUUAAUAAAGCGACACUAAAACUGAUAAUAAACAAACCGGAGGACAGACAGGGAGCAGUAUACAAUAUCAAAUGCUGCGACUGCCAGGCUUCUUACAUUGGUGAAACCGGCAAGCACGCGACUGACCGAACACAAACGAGCGACGAGGAAUGGGGACGUCAACAAUCACAUUGCUGAGCGCCAUUUAAGGACGAAACAUCAAAUUGACUGAGACUCUGCGAAAUGUAUAACGUAUUCUGCAGACUACUAUCAAAGUCUUACUUUAUAGAGCUGGUUUACUAACUUAGAACAAACGCCACUGAAUGGCAGCCAACAGUUAUCAGCGCCGUACAAACGACUUAUUGAGAUCAAGCAAAACUAACUACGAGAGAACGACUGGAGAACUGAUAACUUGACUAACAAUAGACGACUGUUUAACUGUGACAAUAGACGGAUCGAAACGCACCAAUUACUGAUUACGAGUCUUCAUAGCCAAUAACAUCACGGCUUAACUGACAGACGACCAAUAACAUCGCGACGUAAUUGACCAAUCAGAUCAAUAACCAGAGUAUAAUACCAUCAACUGACGUGAUACAACUGACUUUGACUCUGAAGAUGACUACCGCACAGGUUGUCGAAACGUCAGUCACUGUCAACAACAACAGUCCUAUUCAGGACCACGUUCACCCGGACGAUCAAACUCAAACUACUUUUGAUAAUAUUACAUGGCUCGUAAAGCUCAGCGACUGUACCUACUCAACAGGAACACGAAGACUAGAGGUUACUUUCCUGGACAACGAAACUUCUCUACCUGCCUUUUUUGGUUCAGAAUUGCUCGUAUCAGGUUAGUUGAACUACGUAACUCGAUUAUAUAUUCAAUUUGUCCCAAGCUUGCCAACAAUUUCACCAUCACUUGCAUAGAUUCUACGUGGUCCGUACGGCUUGUAGACCAAUAGAAAUUUUGUGUUGUCUCUGUGCAAUAACUUCUCAAGAACGUUUUGUUAGCGUGAUCCCAUUUUUGGCGGGUUUUGUUCGCCCUUUGGAUCAUUUUUUUUUUUCCGAAGAAACGACUCCUGCCAAUUUUUCUUUAAUUUGUCAGGGUUUUACAAGUUUUGCUGUGACGGGGUGUAUUGCCCAGAUUGCCCAAUGGAAUUGAAUAUCUCGACCCUUCAACAAAAUGUAACAGUGACCCCUGCACUUAACAUGUCAUGUACUAACACGUCAUUCACGGCUCCAUUUAAAACCGAAAAACAACCUGGCAAUUUUACAAUCAAGGUGAGUUAUUUAAUUCAACUUUUUAAAAGCUACUCUUGGCCUUGAAAAUGGCGAAUUUUCGCUUACAGGCACCUACCGUCAGGGUGGUGUCUUCCGUCAGAAAUGGCUGGUCAGACUAGUACAUUUUUUAUAACGAAUUCAACCAUUAAUAUAGAUAGAUAGAUGUUUUAUUGUUUUAUCAGCUAAAGCUGGUUUACAUAAAAGCCAUGUUAGAAAUAUAUAUACAUAUCUAUCAGAGUUUCGAAUUAAUAUUAGUUGUGAAAAAGAAAAAGUACAUGUAAAACUAGGUAUAAACAUUUGAUAAAAUAUUCUAAACUAAGAUUACAGUAAGGAAUCAAAGAAGCGCCUGGGAAGAUUUAAAUAAGUUCAUUGACUUGCAUUCAAGCAAAUCCUCGGUUAAUUUAUUCCAAAUAAAUGCGCCCCUAAAGGAAAACGGUUUUUUGCCAUCAUUAAUUUUGGGAAGAGGCAAUUGAAAUCUAGAGGAGGAGCCCCUAGUAUCAUAGGUGGAUCUCAUUUUCAAAAAUUUUUGGCAUAGGUAUUCAGGAGCCAUAUUAUUGUACACCUUCAACAUUUCUAUAACGAGAAGCUUAGCUCUACGUAUAGAAAGGAAGUCCCAUCCUAGCUCUUGCAGCAGGGGGCCGGAGGUAGAAUCAUAACUGGAAAAGGUUAUGAUUCUAGCUGCGUGGUUUUGUAGUUUGUGAAGCUGUAGAGCUAGUUUUGAACCCAGACCUCACAAACAACGCUGCAACAGUAAAAGUACGGUUGGAUAAAAGAUGUUCUUCAUUGUUUGGAGGGUCAACGGAGGAACAAAUUGUCUCACACGCUUAGCGCUCCGAUUGCGCUCGUUUUUUUGUUUUUUGAGGCCUCCUCUAAUAUGUGCUGCCCAUGUCCCAUGUAAGCGCCUCGUCAAUAUUUACACCCAAGGAUUUGCCAGAUGUUACUUUACGUACAUUGGCGUCUCCAAUAUGGAGUGAUGGGCAAGACAUUCAAGAAGACCUCUGUCACAAAAGAGGCAAGCCCAGAUCCAGAGGCCUUGAAUUUUGCACUUUGUCGACGAUCAGGCUCUUGUAAUUGAAGAUGGGAGGUGAGCAGAACACCUGGCAACCUUGGUAUCAACGGCAUCCAGCUCAAGAAAGUGAAAGAAACAAAUAUCUAGGCAGCAUUUCAAAGAGGAUAACGGCGCAACGAAAGAGAGACAAUAACAAAGACACAGAAAGCUAAUGUAAUUAAGUACCAAGUGGACACACUCCAGAAGCAAUUACAAGCAUCCCCAAUGAAACAAAAGCGAAGCAUUUGUAUUUAAAUCGUUCUUCCCGGCCACACAAAACUACCGGAGUCAAACAUGGACACUUACAAAAAGAUAAGGGUGAAAAAUACGAAAAAAAGGCCUGGUGGGAACAACACGAAUUCAACACUAUAUCGAUAGACACAGAUUUUGUUUUAAAUCAAAAAUGGAUUUGGCCACGGACGAUAAUUGACACGACCAGCUGCCUUAAGGUGGCUCUACUGGGUUUUUUUUGAGGGGAUACCUCCCAAGUUUGAGCAUUAACUACGUCGCCAUGAGUAAAGAUAUGGGGAAAAGAUUACCACAACUGUAUUAUAUAAAGAUGAUCUGGGUUUUAUUGCAAACGGAGUCGCCAUGGCAACGUAACAACGCCAUUACGUUUUUUAUUUAUCUCUGUGUUUCUCUGUACCAAGAGUUUUUUUUAAGAAAUCGCUUAAAUAAGUUUGUACCUGCCAUAAUUGCCUCAAAUUCUAUCUUUUUGCUAAAUGGGCACGUGCAUAUAAGACUUGGAAACAAUGCCAGUGAAAAAUGAGGACGCUCACUCGUAAACAAAAAAUAUUGGGGGGAAAUUGGUUAUAUUUGAGGCCCUAUUUAAAAGCCUUCUCUGUUUUCAAUGUUCUUAAAACUUGCAGGGUAUAUAUAUAGACGAUUGAUCUCGGGAUUGCAAAAUUUAUAAAAAAAUUUAUCAAGGGGUUUUCUGAAAAAUGCGAAAUUUGUAGCCAUGGACCAAAUUAUGUGCAAAAACUGUAACAAAAGCAGCCGAAUGCAAGUUACUAAAAUUCUUCUUACUCGAGAUCGUCCAGAGCAAUUCUCCUCCUUUUUUGUAUGCAAUUUUCAAUGGAAUUAAACCACUCUGAGAUGAAGCCACGUUUCCAAAGCUUAUCAUUUUCUUAUAAAUUUAGCUAAUUGUGUGGAUAGCAUGCUAUUUCACUGUUUUUAUGAUGCUUAAAACUUCGUUUCAAAAUAUCGCGAUAACGCUCACAUAGAAUUUGUUCAAACUUUGCCAUAAUUGAGGCAAUUAUGGCUGGUACAAACUCCCUUAAGCGAUUUCUUAAAAAACUCUUGGUACAGAGAAACACAAAGAUAAAUAAAAAACGUAAUGGCGUCGUUACGUUGCCAUGGCGACUCUGAUUGCAAUAAAACCCAGAUCAUAAGAAAUUAUCACUUUUAUAGCGAAGCUCCGGCGCGCGAAGCGCGCCAGCGGAGCUUCAUGGAUAAGAAAAUUUGGUUAUGACGUAGCGUACGCCCGUACACUCUUUGCAGGGGAGGGAAGGGAAUCAGGUGUCAGCCCGUCCGGGGGAGAGUAUGUUAUUUUGUGUGCAACCCACCUUUUUCUUGGCGGGAAAUCGCGCAAGAAAUGGCGUGGCUGUCGUCGCGUUCAAAAACAUGUUUACGUCAACUACUUCAGUGCAUAAGGAUUUUGUGACCGUAGCGUUCAGUUUCUAGUACACUGUUUCAAAAAAAUUGUUAUUGCAACAAACAAUACGGAUUGAAUUCAAACUAUUUGCUUGUAAGUGAAGAGCGACGGGAAAGAGAAAGAAGAGAAAGGCAUAAAGUAAGAAUUAACAGGCGCGCUAGCGAAGAGGAUUCAAGUGGAAAAUUUAUGCAGCAUCUGCGACUUGUUCACUGAUGGCUGAAGCUGACAGAGUUUUGAGUCAUCUUUUGAUGUUUUAACCUGUCUUUUUGCACUGGAUCUACAAAAUGAAAUACAGCAGCUAUCAACAUUCUUUUGUUAUUCUUGGCUGGCUUGUUUACUGGGUUGUGGUUGAGAAUGCGCCGCACGACAAAAAGAAAUCCGAAAUCAUCGUUUUCAAAAAUAGGCUACUCUUAGUAAGCUUACUUCGCCUUGCUGGACUAUGUGAAAAGUCUUAAGUGAUUCUGGUCUUACUUGAUGGGUUUCCGUGCUGCAUCUCGACCGGUAAGCUUGAGUAAUUUUAUUGCAUUUUAUGUGUUUUCUUUUUUCAUGUUUUUCCGUCAUUUUACGCACAUUUGUAGGUUUGAAUCAAUUUAUCUGACCUAGUAAAAAACUUAAAAAGUCUUUAGACAUUUUCUGACCGCGACUAGAAGAAAAAGUUCUGAAAAAUAGUUUAGUUAUCCUAUUGUUUGUAAAAAGAAAACUUUGAGCGAUAUUCUUGCCUGGACUUCAUCUUGCAAAAUAGCAAACACGGCGAAGGCGGCUUAAAACUUAAGGCUUAAUUUGAAUCUAUUCGUUACUCAGGAUUUUCAGAGACACUUUACUCUCAAAACACGUCUUCGGGAAUAGAAAUUGUCGACCUUUAAAUGGUUCUUUGUAUUAUAUUUCUUGUCUUGAUUGUUUGUCAAGAUCUCGUUCUUACAUGAUUGCUUUGCCAGUUGUUGUUUUCAGUCGUCCGUGAACGUGUUGGUCACGCUCUACGUCCAAUUUUUAUGCUCUGAUUGGUCAAAAUUUGACAGGUGAUUUUAUGCGGAAAAUUUAUGCAGCAUCUUGAAACUUGUUUACUGCGACAGCUGAAGCUGACAGAGUUUUGUGUCAACUUGUGAUCUUUUUAACUGUCUUUUUCUACUGGAUGUACGAAAUGAAAUUCAGCUGCUAUCAAGAGUCUUCUGUUAUUCGUGGCUAGUGUGUUUAUUGGGUUUUUGGUUGAGAAAUACGUCGCUUGUCAAAGUCGGAAAUCCGAUUUCGGAUGGCAUCGAUUCGUUUUCGUUUUUCACCUUGCUUGAUUGAAACGUCUGAAGCGAUUCUGGCCAUACUUGAUAGCUUCCAGGAGCUGCGUCUCGAAUGGUAAGCCUGAGUAAUUAUUGUAUUUGUGUUUGUUGUUUUAAAUAUCUAAUUUCAUGAAGCCGAGCGCAGUUUAUGAGGCUAGUUUAUGCAUGUUUGAAUUAAGAUUUGGAGAUAAUGAUCUGACCUAUAGUAUGAGGUUUGAUUUAAGCUUGCAGACCUAUAGUAUGAGGUUUGAUUUAAGCUUGCAGAACUUUAAAAAGUCUUAAGUCGAUAUUUUCUCACCGCAAAUAGAAAGAAAGCGUUUUUAUUUUGGCUUGACAAAGAAGGCUUUGAGCAAUUUUCUCGCCUCGAGUUCAUCUUUGAAAACAGCAAACACCGGGAAGCCGGUUUAAAAGCUUUAAGCAUAAAGACUCAGGAUUCUUAGAGACACUUUAAUACUUAAUUGUCUUCGUGAAUGAAAAUUGUUGUCUCUGUUAAUGUUUCACCGAAUUGUAUUUCUUUUAUUGAUUGUUAGUAGUCUCUCUUGCAAUUUGCCGUUAAUGUUUUCAGUCGUUCAUGAACAUCGCUUGCAGGAGUACUCAAAACGUCGCGCGUAUCUAACGCUUUUUAAGUUUACACAUCGUUAUAAAACCAUUAAAUAAAAAAAAUAAACACAAUAAAUUCCGUAUUAUUUUGAACUGUAACUCUAUUAAUGUUCAUUCAAACACUCCACAGCCUGCAACUGGCUGACCGUUAUAUAGGUGAUUUUGGAAAUUUUUUUAGCGGUUUCGCUAAAAGCCCACGCGUGCUUCGAUCGUCCUGAAUAUUGAAUGAGUGCAAUUUUUAUUUCAAAAUUGUGAAAUACUGCAUUCUGUCUGAGGUCUGUAUGAUCAAGACAGCGCCUCAAAGUACCGUUUCACCUCAGACUGUCAGAUGUGAUGUAUAAAAAGUAUAAAAGGUUGGUUUACACGCCCCCAGAUUUGUUAGCAAGAUUUUGUAAAGCAAACUUGUCAAAGGGGAAAAAUUCUGCUGGAUUUGCUUUCCAAGUAUUUGUUUUCCAGGCCUAAUCUACUGUGAUCAAGAGCCAUUAUGGCCGUUAAAUGUGAUCGAAGAUGAUUGCUAUUUUUUGGGUGUACAUAUAAAGACCAUAAACUCGAUGUAAGAUUUGGUGCACUCUUAGUCUGCUACACAGCCGUUUUUAGUGUCGUCACUAAAAACGACUGUGUAGCAGACUAGUGCACUCUUAGAAUGUUAGCAAAUUAUUUUUCUCUCCAAUCACUUAGCGUUAAUCCCUCUAAACAAAAGUCACAUGAAUGUGCUCUAAAGUGAACUGAUUUGUGGAAUACAAGUUUAUUGUUUGAUUUAAAUUACAAAUUUAUUAAUGGAAGCUUCGCUUUUAGCCCUGGCUAAAUCUAUAUAUUAUAAUACAGUUGUGGUAAUCUUUUUCCCAUAUGUUUGCUCAUGGCGACGUAGUUAAUGCUCAAACUUGGGAGGUAUGCCCCCAAAAAAAUCCAGUCGAGCCACCUUAAUAAAAACAUGCUGAUUAUUGACUCAAACUACUAGUGUGUCAGGAAGUAAAAAAAAAAGUCUUCCUCAAAAGAACUGGAUUAAGGGCUUCAAUGACAGUAACUUGAAGCCGAUCGAUAGAUCGAUAGCUUCACCUUCGCGCGAUGACACCGCCGUUGGUAUAAGCAGACGAUUAAAGUAAAGUAAACAAGAAAGUAAGCAAGUAAGUUAAAUUUCAAGGUUGCAAAACUUUUUUUUCUACUUAUAGACUGACCCCUAUCCCCCCGGAAGGGCGUCGACAAGGAGCGCUUUGCGUUACUGACCGUCAUCUUGAUUUCAAAUGCACCGAGGGGACGAACGUCGGGGGGUUAUAGCCAGCAGGGAGGGCGGGGGAGAGAAGGGGGAAAAUGUUUUCUCGCAUUCCCCCGCCCCCUAAGUAGAUUCUACACUCAUUCCCAGGCUAGACUCGGAAGAUUUGAAACCAAGAUGGCCGCCCGUAACCACAGGGUGUCCACACAGUCUGUUUGUGUACCUGAUUGCAUUGUAAUUUUAUAGUAAAUGUAGUAUAUUGACCGUUUGUGUAAUGGAUCAAUGCUAAAUAAACGUUAUAGUACCUUACCUAAGGUAAAUUGUCGUCCUUUUGCCUCACAAGUGGUAUUUUGAGCCAUUUUGAAGUAUUUUUGAGUUCUCUGUUUACUGUUCCUCUUAAUAGAAGGACAAGGGUGGAAUCAAAUUUUUUGAACGGCUCCAGGGCCGGAGCGAUUUUCCCUAGAAAAUUGCAAUGUUCUACUUUUAAAACUCGCAGCAGAAAGGCUGAAAGACUCACGCUUCUUCUCAUACCUUCCGACCAGAAAUCCAUCCAAAAGGCCCGGAGCUAGCCCCCGAGGAAAAUCAAAAUCUCGCAGUUUUCGAACUGUCAAAAUGCGUAGCGAGAUUUAUACGUGCCAGCCAGAAAACCGUCUUGCUGAUUGCAUCUUUUUGAUUGGGUAUCGUUAACCAAAUGGUUAAACAAUAACUGAUUUAAGGCAGACUUGGUAAGCGUUUAUUGUUUAACUGCAUCCAAUAAAAAAGAUCAGGCAAUCAGCAGGACGGUUUCUGGCUGGCAGACGUAAAUCUUGCUACGCAUUUUGACCGUUCGGAAACUGUGAGAUUUUAAUUGCUCCGGGCCUUUUGGAUAGAUUUUCGAUCGGAAGGCACGAGAAGAAGCGUGAAUCGUUCGGUCAAACCACUACGAGUUUUAAAACCGGAGCAAUGCGAUUUUCUGGGGCAAAAUCGCUACGGCGCGGGAGCCGUUCAAACAAUUGAUUCCACCCUUGUCCUUCUAUUAAGAGGAACAGUAAACAGCGCACUCAAAAUCCUUCAAAAUGGCUCAAAAUACCAUUUCGGAGGCAAAAGGACGACAAAUUACCAUAAGAAAGACAACACAAAGUUUAUUUAGCAUUGAUCCAUGCACAUAUUUAACGAUAUGCCGCUACAGAUGAAGCAAACGGUAAAUCUAGUACAUUUGCAGCCUCGUUUGCUUGGAGAUUAGAUCGAGAAAUGAGGAGGCGAUUAAUUCUACACGAAACAGGAUUUACUCACUAAAGGUUUUUUUCUUCCUACUUUAUCGACGCCUGCAAACCGCAGACGUUUUUCCGGUCGUCGCUUCUCUCCCUCCGAAAAAUAACGUCUGCGAACCCGAGCGGCAAAAUGAUUUCAGUGACGCAAAACGUUUUGUUUUGAUGUUGGCCAAUCAGAUCAAAGGAUAGAAUACAGCUCGAGUGACUCCACCCGACGUCGCUGCUAGGGUGUCUUGGAUUUUAGCAGAACGUGCAUUUCACGCCUUUUAACAAGUAGGUUUCCUGCGACGUUGAAUGCUGACUUCUUUGUGAAGCAACGGCUUCUUAAGCUAUGUAUGUUAUGUGGGCCUUUGGUUUCGUUUUAUAAAAUACGGUAGUACGUGACAUAAACAAAACCUGGACAAAAUAAUCGCGCUGAGACUCGUGAUUUAUUUCAGUUUAACCAGCGCUGACAAAAGGUGCUGAAUCGAAUGUACAGACACAUCCUUGACUGAUUCAGAAAUCUCUGACAAUCGAUCGUGAAUAAUUCAAAAUCUUACAAGUAUCGCCACAAAACAAUGAUCUCAAAUAUUAUAAACCUGGACCGGACCCAACGUGAAAAUUAUAUAUUCAGCAGUAAAUCAGAUCACAGUCAAGAUGACAUUUGAGAUACGACGCUUAGACUCAUCUUAUAAAAACACAAGGAAAUGAAAACCCUGAAAAAAACAUAUAUUUAAAGCUUUCGAUCUGAUCAAAGCUUUGUCUAAACCAACAAACAAACUCGCAUGGGAAAUCAAUUACCAUAAUUAUGUCCUAGCUUUCAAAGAUAAAGUGUACUAAAAAAAUGUCUAAAGCGACACACGACAAACUAUCGAAGAGUUCUCCAGAACAUACUUCCCUGCGAGGAACCAGAAAGGAACAGAAGCCACAAACGGCAUGAUGCGUCUACUGUCAUUAGUCCUGACAUUUAUCGUUUCGAAUAUGAUCAAAACAACAAGGUGUGAUAAAUCAUUGAUUCCGUAGGCAAAUAGAUUAAAUACGUCCUCUAAUCUUUUCUUCAAUAUGAAUCCUCUUGGUGCUUAUUUCCCACAAUCCGGGCAAAUUAACUUUCGUAAACGCGUCGUUCUGAGGAAAAAGGGCGGCUGUACACAGGCUACGUCGUCCUUUCAAAUUUCGACUAGUAAACGAAUCCAUCGCGCACGACCUCGCGAGAAGUCUGGAGAGUUAGUUCCUUGAUUUUAAGAGCUAAACUGUCAUUGAUUUAAAAGGCUCUAGGCCACGAAAAUCGUUUUGCCGCUCGGGUUCACAGACGUUAUUUUUCGGAGGGACAGACGCGACGACCGCAAAUACGUCUGCGGUUCGCAGGCUAAGGCUAUACUCGUGUAUAAAUACACGAAAAUUCAAGGGCUUCGAUUCCAGAGAAAUUACAUCAUUGGCAGAGAUCAUUUCAAUCAUCGCCGAAAAUAAACCGCAUGGUCAUCACAAGACCAUUUGCAUACAAUGAAUGUUUACAACACCUGGCCAUCGCAGUUUUGCUAAAUAACAUUCUUACUUUUUUUUCGACUACUCACUACUUAGUAGUGUUCACUUGUUCCAAAGCAAUCAACGCUUUCAAGCGAUAGAAUUCGUGGCCCGCAAGUUUCGGAAAAGUUCUGAAUUUAAUCUUUCCUAAACAUGUUUGGCUUCGAUCACCCAACGAUUCUUAGUCCCAGUUUCCACGGUCUGCGCAAGGAAAGCCUGGCACAAUGAACCCCCAUUUGUGAAUACAAUACGACAAAAAACAAAGGGAGAUACUUCCAGAAAAAUUGGGUCCCGACUAUUUCAGACCAAAAUCUGUGAUUUUCUCUACCCUAUUUCAGACCUGAAGCCCUGGAGCCCGACGGGUGUCCGGAGCUCGUGACAAGCUGUUACGACACGUACACAGUUGGCGUAAACAUUAAAAGGGAAAUGGUCUUAUCUCCAAAUGGUGAAGAAGUAGCUUCUUCUAAAAAAAACAUACCCAAUUCAAGACUAGAACCGCAGAAAGCAUAUAAGCACCAAGCGCCGCACAUACCUAUACAGCCUUUAUAAGGGUGGACCCCCACCCCCCACAUCCCGGGCGAAAAAUACGUUGCCGAUUAUGAGUCUCGCUGCUUACGCAAGAGACAAUACAAUCGUUUACACAAACAGAAUGUGGUUCUUCUGUGCCGUUUAAACGCAAAGCGCUCGAUCCCUACAAUCUCACGACAAAAUAGGGGACCUUGAACAGUACACUCUACCUACCAAUAAGUCUUUUCCUCCAACAUGGUGCGAAUACUGUGGCCAAUAGCUUUUUCCGUGGGUCUCAAAUGUGAAUCGACAUCCACAUGAAAUUCUUUCUGAAGAAACCGAAUACAGAAAUUGGAAUCAGCGAUCUCUUUCUGGUUGAACUCGAUCCAUGGGACUUGCCCUUCUUGGAGGUCUUAACGCUGUAAAUAUUUUGGUAGCGGAUCUUUGUCAUUCGAAGGAAAGUUUCCAAUUUUAGACAUGGCGGAGAACCGCUUAAGGUUGUAAACAAAUCUCAAGGAAUCUGAUGUAGAAUGACUGUUCCAGGAUUGAAGGGUCUUUCGCCCGUUUUCAGUCGUGCAAAGAAGUACAUGAAAGCAAUUGAAGUCCCAGCAAUGCAAAUAUAAAUUGCUAUUUCCAUGUGCGUUACAUCAAGAGAGAAUGAGCUAAGAGAGCGAAUCCCUGUGCUCCAUCAUAAUUUUUUUAAAUCUAUUUAAAGUUCGCGCGCGUGCGGCGAAAGUUAUUUUUGUCUGUUGUUUCCGUGACCCGUGCGGUCUACUUUCACGAGAACGUGACAUGUUUCGCCGCCAAACAUUUGAAGUUUGACAGCCAUUAUAGUAAUUAGCGCCAGGAGCCGACACUAAUCGGCUCCUGUUGUUGACAUGUUUUUCCAUCAGCGCUUUCGGCUCAUAAUUCAGGAAUGAAUUUCAUUUACAAAGGGAUUGCAGUAUUGGAGUCAAAAUUUCACUUGGAGAUUAAAGAUUGAGAUUUUCUAACUGCUGGUAGCCUCAUUUAGACUAACGAAUAUUGAAUCCUGACACACUGUGAAAGCCAGAGACAAGGUUAUCACGCGCGAAACACGAAACCUUUAAUAAGUGGCUGGCUUCAAUUGUUUAUACAAAGGUGCAAGAUAUUUUUUCUCUUUUUCCAGGAAUAUUUUUCGUUCAGAAACAGUACAUUUGCUUUUAAGAAUUAUUCUUGGGAGUUUCUUCUUAACGUCUGAUACUUGCGAUAAAUAUUUCGUUGUGCAAACACAAAUCAGGUCAGAUACUUCAAGCUGUUAAACAGUCGUUAACCUGGAUGCCAGAGAGUUUUGAUACGCGGUUUCCGGUUUCGGUCAAUUCUUUUAUAGUGAGCGGUGUGCCCACAUUUGUCUAGCGUCCUCAUAAAAUUCAAAUGUUUGGCGGCCAAACAUUCAUGUUUGAACCCACUUUGAACCUAUUUUCUCGUUACGUGUCCACGGUUUGAUCCAAACGACGGUAUCACAGCUCGCGGGUGUGCGUGGAUGUCACCGGAAGAGACAGUUGUCGUUUUUUGCAAUAGGAUGUUGGUUAUUUAGAUAUUGAUGUAGCGAAGACCUCAAUAAGCAGUUUUCGCCAAAUCGGAACCGCUUUCUCCGGCGAACUCCCACAAGCCUGGACCGCUUUGCUCUUCGUCAGCUACUCUGGCCAGAUUAUUCCACGUAUAAAUCUUUUGACUCGUCUACGAAAGUAAUACCAAGUUUGCACGUCAUAUCGCUUGCUGUGCGUGAUCGGCAAUGAAAUGAAUUACCCGCCAAGUUUAAAAUUACAUAACGCCACUCUAACCGACCAAUAAGGUGGCGUCCUUAAAAUAACCACGCAGUAUGACACGGAACCAAGAAUAGAUUGAAAAUAAUCUUCAUGGGAAGAGGGUCAUGUAUGGGGGAUUCGCUCUCUUAGAUCAUUCUCUCUUGGUUACAUGCAAUAAAACGGCUCUAAUUUGCUUCACAGAGGAAACCUAACAUUAACGGCUGUACAAUUUAUCACUAGAAAUAGGAAUUUUUAUGAUAGUAAGAUAUUAGAAUUCAAAGUAGACAGGCUGCAAAUCAUCUUAGUUGCUAAAAAAUAUAUACCUACGCGUCGCAACUGUUCAUCAGUAGGAUGCCUAAAAUACGUGCAAUUCCACAAUUGGUUUCGGCUCCAUUAAAUCCAUUAACUUAUCUGGGCUUCGACAGGAUCAUAUUAACAGGAUCAUAUUAACAAACUUCAGCUUGUGCAAAAUUAUGCCGUACGUCUUUUGACUGGUACUAGGAAACAUGGACAUAUUUCACCCGUCUUAGGUCUCUUCUUUGGUUGCCUAUUCCGGAAAGAAUUGAUUUUAAACUUUUACUUCUUACAUUUAAAUGACUUAAUGAUAUAGCACCGCCUUAUAUAGAAGAACUGUUAGUUCGCUAUAGACCAACAAAAACUCUGCGUUCAGCUGCAGAUAAAGGACUCCUGGUACAAACUAUAAAAUACAACCUUAAAACCUAUGGUUACAGAGCUUUUUAACACGCAGCUCCUAAGGUAUGGAAUUCCAUGCCAGUCAAUAUACGCACAUGUUGUGAGCUGGACGCUUUCAAAUCAAAAAUCAAAACAUUUCUUUUUAAGCGUGCUUUUCAGCUGUAAUUUUAUUUUAUUUUUUUUAUUAUUUAUUUAUUAUUCUUUAUUUUUUUGAUUUUUAACAAAUAAGUCAUUGUAAUAUUUUAUUAGGUUUAUUACUAUCAGUACUGAUUGUAAAGCGCUUUGGAUUUAUUAUUAUUAUCAUGUAUUAUUAUUAUUAUUGUUAUUGUUAUUGUUAUUGUUAUUAUUGGGACAUUGAACAGAGCGGACACAUUUUGUGCCUGUCCUCGUUUUAAACGUCCUUUUGUGCUUGGAUUGAAAUCUUUUUUGGAUUAAUCAGUGGGGAGCUGCUUUUGGUUGUCGGAGGGCAUGGUUUGUUCGCGGUUUUUGUUCGUUUUGCUUGCUGGUGUUGUCUGUUCGUUCUGCGGUAAGGAUUUUGUCUCGCUGGGCCGCCAUGCGUGACGCUGUAUUAAAACAUAGAAUUACUCGAGCGGAGCGUACUUCUGCUGGAGUGGAUGAGGAUGCGAAUGAGUCAGUCGCUGCAGAUGCUUCUUCUAUACGAUUGAAGAUGCAUCAAAGGAGUUGUAGAGUUGUUUUGGGUUUGAAUGAUCAACUUCGUGCUGACCUCAAUGAUGCCGUACUCACUGACCAAGAAUCCGGCGAUGUAAGUGAUCCUUUGACGGCCUCCGGUGUCCCUUCCCCUCAACCUGAAGACCACUGCUUUCCCGACGAAUAUUUUAAAUCCAUAUUAUCUCUGAAUCCUCCAAUCACUGUUCAGAAUCUCAGCUCACGUUUUAAACUUCUGAACGACACUGUUUAUGACUAUUUCUCUGCUAAUUUUGGUCAAGUUGCACGAGCUCCUGAUGAAAGCCUGAUAAGGAAAUACGAAGGCAAAUCUAAAAAUGAUCUGAAGAAAUCUCUCAAAGUCUUGAAGCAGUUCGCUAACGCUGACAUCACCGAAAUCAAAUACGUAUCUGGCUUAUUGCGUGACAUACUACGAGACAACACGUCGUGUCAAGUCAACGCUGACCUCAUGAAUCAUGAUUAUUCCAUCUCUAAAAACUAAAAAUUUCAGGGGAUAUGUCAGAAAGAUCUUCAACAAAAAAGAUGAAAUCCUCCCUUCGUUUUCCAUGAAUGAGUGUUUUGAUUACUUUGCAAGAACUCUUUCGUCAGUAAAUCCGACUAAAGUUUUAGCCUUCCAUGCUGGAUACCAACUUUAUCAGAUCCUGUAAUUCCGUUUAACCUUGAACCUCCAACACACCAACAGAUCUCAAAGGUGAUAAGAAAAAUGAAGGCGUCUGAUUCUCCUUGUCCCCUAGAUCAUCUGUCAAUAAUUGGUUUCAAACGAUGUCCUUUUCUUCGCACCUAUAUUUAUCUGAAAUUAUACGCACAGCUUAGUCAACUGGAUCCGUCCCAAGCGAAUGGAAGCGAGCCUCCUCAUCCAUAAAAAGGAAAACGCUAAUGACCCUGCUAACUUGCGUCCUAUUACUUUACAAUCUGUGCCUUUAAAGGUUUUUAACUUGUGUCUUCGUAAUGCCAUUCUCAACUUCCUCUCCGCUAAGAACUACAUUGAACAUGAAAUUCAAAAAGGCUUUACACCAGGUCUUUCUGGAACUUUUGAGCACACUGCUCAAAUGGCUGAUAUCAUUAACAAAGCUUGUACCAAACAGCCGUUCACUCGUCAUUACUCUUUUGGACCUUAAAAACGCCUUUGGUGAAGUUCAUCACAACUUGAUUCAAACCGCUCUUGAUUACCACCACAGUCCCGAUAAUAUCAAAUCAAUGGUGAAAAGUCUUUACACUGACUUCAAAACCUCUAUUCUUACAAAUGAAUUUCGCACUCCGUUUAUAUCUGUUGGUCGUGGUGUACUCCAAGGUGAUUGCCUUAGCUCACUUCUACAGCAUAUUAAAUCUGAUUUUCCCUCAAGUUCUUAAAUCCCAUCCACUAGUUGCAGUUCGCUGACGAUGCCGGUGUUAUAAGCGGUCAGGAAUCGGAAAAUCAAUAUCUAAUGAACCGCUUUAUAAUCUGGUGUAAUUGGUCGAACGUGAUAAUAAGAGUUGAUAAAUGUUCUACUUUUGGAAUACGGAAACUGUGCUCUAAAUCUGUCCAAUAUUUACCCAAACCGUUGAUCAAUGGAGUUCUAAUUCCCUGUGUGGAAAUGGGUGAAUCAUUUCGUUACCUAUGUCGAUCCUUUGACUUUAACAUGUCUAACAACCCACACAUGUCUGACUUGUCCUCUCUUGUACAAAACUUGAUGAAUGACACUGAUAUAAAGCCACUGCAUCGUAAACACAAACUUCUGUACAGCCGCUAUGUCCUAUCGAAACUGCCCUGGCAUUUCACUAUAGCUAAUAUAUCCAAAACCUGGAUAACGAAACAUCUCGACUCCGUAGUGAAUGGCUAUAUUCGAAAAUGGCUUGAUAUUCCGAUAUCUGGAACACUGAGCAAUAUUUUCCUAGAACGCAAUAUUAAAAAAUAUAUAUUUGUCCUCCCUGUAUUAAAUUUACUCAGUGCCAAACAGUUCUCCGAAAUUCAUUAAAAGAGUCACCAAAUGAUUUCUUAAAAGAUCUCUGGAAAUCGUCAAACUGUCACACUAAUAUUGAAUAUGAUGAGUACAAAUCCACUAAUCAAGAGGAUAAACUGCAACACCACCUAACAUCUCUCUGUAAAUUCUAUUUGGUCAGAGGCCCCGUCUCAUCUAUCCGAGAAAAUGUACAAUUUUACCAUCCGCUACAUCAACAACUCCCUCACUACACGUAAGAAUAUGGCAAGAUGAGGAUUAUCACAAAGUCCUGAUUGCUCCUUUUGCCUUAAUCCUGAGUCACUCCCUCAUGUUGUCGCUGGUUGUCAACAGUACCUUGAUCGCUUUACCCGGAGACACGACUCAAUCCUUAACUUCACUGCCAAGUCACUUCAGCCGGUAAUUAUUGUUCACUCUUCACUCUAUGCAGAUGUUAAUGAAGGGGAGAUGGGGGUUUACGGUAUUGCGGUACUGGGCUUUUUUUCAUGCGGUAUUUCGGUAAUUUUAAUUUUAACGUGUAGUAUUGCGGUAUCAUCUAGCGCUGCGGUAUGCGGUUUUUCAUCAUUUUGGCUGACGGUAUUUGGUAAAAUAAGAUUGUUCACGGUAUUAUGGUACCGUUUAUUUGCGCUUUCCUUUCGAUACAAUACGCAAAACAAAACACAGUUGGACAAGAAGGUCAAUAAAAGUUAAUAUUUAGAAGUCUUGAGACAUAACGAUAAAUGAUUAUAGGAGGACCUCGCUGGGGUUAACCGAUAGGCGUAAAACGGCCUAAGAUUUAGUCGUUAGCCGUAAAAAUUGAAAAUUUAAACCGUUAGCCGUAACUAGGAUAAAAAGAGUUAACCGUAAAAGAAAUUGUUCCCUAGCUACGUUUGUCAAUUUAAGGAAGGUGUUAAACUCACUUUUUUUAUGGUUACGUUUUUUACUUCCCGGCUACUUUGACUCCGUAUGCACGUUAGGCCAAGCGCCUAGCUUUUAGGUGUUGACCUAGACCUAAACUCCAUUUUCGUCGUUCUCUCGGAGAACUAAUUUUUUCCAUAGCGAAAAUCUGGCUUCUUGCUGGGGAUUAAUAUUUGCGAUUUUCAAGAGGUCGAGUCCUCGAAAUACUAGUGAAACAACAAGCGGAGAUAUGUCACUGUUUGUAAAACACGCGACCGAUAAACAACAAUUCCCUGUUUAUCUCUAACGCCACGGUAGACAUUGCCAUGUCUAGUUCUUGUAUUAAAGGCGUCUUCCCACGCAGUCUCGUUCAAGGCAUUUGGGUGGCGUAUCUGAGAAAAAAACUCGCUCGGCCCACGUGACCCGAAACUCAUUAGCCGCGCUGAACGAUGAGGCCUACGGACAAGGCAACAGGAGACUUAGUCGUUCUGUACAGUCUUUCGCUAUCAUUAAAAACACUGGACACGGGAAUUUUGUUAUUGGCUGUUUUCACAUCAGAGGUAGAAAUGGAUCAUCCGUCUGUAGACUAGCCUGUGUGCAGACGCCUCUCCCCCACAGACACCCCUUCUCCGAUUUUUUCAGAGGAGGCGGCUGAACACAGGCUAUCAGAAACGGAUAAUCUAUAUCCAAACUGUCCGUCAAAAUUGACGAAUAAAGUCAGGUGGAUUGUUCAUUCAAAAUUAAAACCAUUCCGUUUUGAAACUAAGACGUAUUGCUUAUCUGACGCGAAUUAUCAAACGGAUAACCCGUCUCACGCGAAUCACCCGUCUCUAGUGUGAAAACGGCCGUUUCUGUUAUAAAUGAAUGUCACGCCCCCGGUCUUGAGUUUGGCGUUCGCGUUUUAAAUUAACUAUUGGCAUUUCUUUGCGUAAAUAAUACUAGAAGUGGAAUACUUUGUAAUAUAUAGAUUUAGCCAGGGCUAAAAGCGAGGCUCCCAUUAAUAAAUUUAUAAUUUAAAUUAAACAAUAAACUUGUAUUCGAAUUCCACAAUUCAGUUAACUUUAGAGCACAUUUAUGUGACUUUUGAGGGAAAGGCUACCUGAUUUUAGAGAAAAAUAAUUUGCAAACAGCCCAAGAGUGAACCAAAUCUUACAUUGAGUUGAUAGCUUCAUAUGUACACUUAAAAACUGGUAAUCAUCUUCGAUCACAUUUAAGAGCCAUAAUGGCUCUUGAUCACCGUAGAUUAAUUAGUGGAAAAAAAAAUCAGGCCAACUUUUUGCGUUCGACAAGUUUACUUUGCAAAAUCUUGUCAACAAAUCUGGGUGCGUGUAAACCAAGUCCUUUUAUACCAUUUAUACAUCACAUCUGAGGUGAAACGGUAGUAUGAGGCACUGUUUUUAUCAUACCGGCAGACCUCGGACAGAAAGCAGUAUUUCACAAUACAAAUUGCACUCAUUCAAUAUUCAUAAACUGUUAAAAAAAUUUCCAAAAUCACCUAUACGGCCAUCCGGUUCUCACUUUUGUAGUGUGAGCUGUGGCGAGUGUUUGAAUAAACAUUAACAGAGUUACGGGCUUUUACUUCGGGUAGAAGAGCACAGAACGCGUCAUCAGAAUGGAAUGGGCAAAAGAGAAACAUUAUCGUUAAUUUAUGACAAAUGUAUGCAACCGGGUAGUCUUAAUAGAGACAAACUUAUGCAUUGACAUGAACGCAUUACAAUGUCUUGUCACGGUAGAAUCGAGUACUUUUAGUUGCUAACUUUGGAAGUGUGGAAAUGUGGAAAUGUGGAAAUGUGGAAGUAUGUCCUCAUUGUCUUAAUUUAUCUAAUAACUCUGGAAGUGUGGAAGUGUGGAAAUGUGGAAAUGUGGAAAUAUGUCUUCCUUAAUUGUGUUUGUCUAAUAACUCUGGAAGUGUGGAAGUGUGGAAAUGUGGAAAUGUGGAAAUGUCUUCCUUAAUUGUCUUUGUGUAAUAAGUGUGGAAGUGUGGAAGUGCGGAAAUGUGGAAAUAUGUCUUCCUUGUCUUAAUUUAUCUAAUAACUCUGGAAGUGUGGAAAUGUGGAAAUAUGUCCUCAUUGUCUUAAUUUAUCUAAUAACUCUGGAAGUGUGGAAGUGUGGAAAUGUGGAAAUGUGGAAAUAUGUCUUCCUUGUCUUUGUCUAAUAACUCUGGAAGAGUGGAAAUGUGGAAAUGUGGAAAUGUGGAAAUAUGUCUUCAAUGUCUUUAUCUAAUAACUCUGGUCGGAAGUGUGGAAAUGUGGAAAUGUGGAAAUGUGGAAAUAUGUCUUCCUUAAUUGUGUUUGUGUAAUAACUCUGGAAGUGUGGAAAUGUGGAAAUGUGGAAAUGUCUUCCUUAAUUGUCUUAAUUUAUCUAAUAACUCUGGAAGUGUGGAAGUGUGGAAAUGUGGAAAUGUGGAAAUAUGUCUUCCUUGUCUUUGUCUAAUAACUCUGGAAGUGUGGAAAUGUGGAAAUGUGGAAAUAUGUCUUCCUUGUCUUUGUCUAAUAACUCUGGAAGUGUGGAAGUGUGGAAGUGUGGAAAUGUGGAAAUGUGGAAAUAUGUCUUCAUUGUCUUUGUCUAAUAACUCUGGAAGUGUGGAAGUGUGGAAAUGUGGAAAUGUGGAAAUAUGUCCUCAUUGUCUUUGUGUAAUAACUCUGGAAGUGUGGAAGUGUGGAAGUGUGGAAGUGUGGAAAUGUGGAAAUGUGGAAAUAUGUCUUCAUUGUCUUUGUCUAAUAACUCUGGAAGUGUGGAAGUGUGGAAAUGUGGAAAUAUGUCUUCAUUGUCUUUGUCUAAUAACUCUGGAAGUGUGGAAAUGUGGAAAUGUGGAAAUAUGUCUUCAUUGUCUUUGUGUAAUAACUCUGGAAGUGUGGAAGUGUGGAAGUGUGGAAGUGUGGAAGUGUGGAAAUGUGGAAAUGUGGAAAUAUGUCUUCAUUGUCUUUGUCUAAUAACUCUGGAAGUGUGGAAGUGUGGAAAUGUGGAAAUGUGGAAAUGUGGAAAUAUGUCUUCAUUGUCUUUGUCUAAUAACUCUGGAAGUAAGGAAAUGUGGAAAUGUGGAAAUAUGUCUUCAAUGUCUUUAUCUAAUAACUCUGAAGUGUGGAAAUGUUGAAAUAUGCCUCCAUUGUCUUUAUCUAUUAACACUGGAAGUGUGGACGUGUGGAGAAAUGUGUCUUCAUCACUAACUCUGGAAGUGUGGAAACCUGUAAAUGUGUCUUGUUUGUUUUAAUCUAAUAACUCUGAGAGUGUGGAAAUCUGGAAAUGUGUCUGGGAUGAUUUGGGAAUUAAAAAUAGGACUGGCGCACGACGAAAUGACUGGCGUUACUUCCGAUUGCUGUCAAUCGCAAGAAGGUGACAUUGCUUGUUUCAGCUCACCGCCCGGACGCAUAUUUUUGUAGUUGUUUGUUCUGGAGGAAAAUGGACGGCCUUUUUGUACAGAAUGUGACUGUUGCGGGUUUGGCUUUCAAGAAACACGAUUGGCGACCAAGUAAGCUCGAGGAUUUGCUUCACUAAGGAUUUUGAAGCUCUUUGCACUAUCAACUUUUAAAAAAACGCAUGAAAAAGAGGUACGAAAAAAACAUUAUGGUAGUUUGCAUUUCACUAUGAACCUUGGUCCGAUAAAAUGCGUCUCAGUUAAAAUUUUUUUCAUCUGUUUUUCGAGACUAAAAUGUCUGAAUUUGUUUUUUUCUGUGAAACACACAAGACGGAUUUUUGAUGUACGUAAGGAUUACUGAGUAAGGUCACGCCGAAUGCAUUUACAACCCAAUGUGACUUUCGUUUAGGUAAUGUUCUUUGAAAUGUAUUUCAAGUUAUCCAUGUACAUGCAUAUCCUUUUUCGCAGGUUGUAGUCUGUACCUCUAAGAUCAAACGAUUUAAAACUUAGUCAUUACUACAUAUAUUUACGUCAGUUCGCAGACAAAUAUCACAAAAUAAUUUUAUAUCUUCCAAAUGACCAUGAACUAUCAAAAUACUAAAAGAGGUAAAAUGUCGACACCCCGCGCUGUGACCAUAUCUCGUCGUCGCUUUCUUUAUGGCUUUAACUGAUCUCUUUUCACUAUCGUUCACAUUAUUUGGCCUGGCAUUUAAUGACAAAUUGUGUUUGUAGUAAUGACAGAGUUUUAAAUUGUCGCCUGUUUCCCGAAAACGGUUUUAUAUAGCAAUUUAACGGACAAUCAAUUACUGACACUGUUGGAUUUUUAUGGUUAUAAAAACCCAUGGCCCCCAUGGCCUGUUGUAUUUCGAGAUGUCUAUGAAAUUAAAGUAAUGACAAGACUUGUAAAUAAUGAUUCUUAAACCUCUGCGUGAACUUAAGGUCACCUUAUCAUGGCAAUAUUACACACAUUGAUUAAUAUCAGGGAUUUAUAAUAACAAUAACAAUAAUAAAAAUAAUAGUAAAAUACAUAUUUUAAGAGGAGGCCUCCAUCACUAAACACACAAACAUAAAUUCGAACAUGAAGUCCCCAAAAAGAUAUACAUUAAAGGGCAGUUGAUGGUAAAAAGCCAGACAGGAACUGAGAUGCAUUUCAUCGGUUCAGUUGCAUGAGAGCGUUUGUCAGAGCAAACUACGAUUGCGCUUUUUUAUGCGUUUAUUUAAAAGUUGAUAGUGCAAAGAGCUUCAAAAUCCUUAGUGAAGCAAAUCCUCGAGCUUACUUGGUUGCCAAUCGUAUUUCUUAAAAGCCAAACCCGCAACAGUCAGGGGCGUCCAUUUUCCUCCGGAACAAACAACUACAAAAAUAUGCGGCCGGGCGGUGAGCUGAAACUAGCAAUGUGACUGUCUUGCGAUUGACGGCAACCGGAAGUAACGCAAGUAAUUUCGCCGCACGCGAGUCCUAUUUUUAAUUCCCAAAUCAUCCCAGACGCCUUUCCAGAUUUUCACACUUUCAGAUUUAUUAGAUUAAAACAAACAAGACACAUUUCCAGGUUUCCACACUUCCAGAGUUAGUGAUGAAGACACAUUUCUCCACACGUCCACACUUCCGGUGUUAAUAGAUAAAGACAAUGGAGGCACAUUUCAACAUUUCCACACUUCAGAGUUAUUAGAUAAAGACAUUGAAGACAUAUUUCCACAUUUCCACAUUUCCUUACUUCCAGAGUUAUUAGACAAAGACAAUGAAGACAUAUUUCCACAUUUCCACAUUUCCACAUUUCCACACUUCCACACUUCCACACUUCCAGAGUUAUUAGACAAAGACAAUGAAGACAUAUUUCCACAUUUCCACCUUUCCACACUUCCACACUUCCAGAGUUAUUACACAAAGACAAUGAAGACAUAUUUCCACAUUUCCACAUUUCCACAUUUCCACACUUCCACACUUCCACACUUCCAGAGUUACUAGACAAAGACAAGGAAGACAUAUUUCCACAUUUCCACAUUUCCACACUUCCGACCAGAGUUAUUAGAUAAAGACAUUGAAGACAUAUUUCCACAUUUCCACAUUUCCACAUUUCCACACUUCCAGAGUUAUUAGACAAAGACAAGGAAGACAUAUUUCCACAUUUCCACAUUUCCACACUUCCACACUUCCAGAGUUAUUAGAUAAAUUAAGACAAUGAGGACAUAUUUCCACAUUUCCACACUUCCAGAGUUAUUAGAUAAAUUAAGACAAGGAAGACAUAUUUCCACAUUUCCGCACUUCCACACUUCCACACUUAUUACACAAAGACAAUUAAGGAAGACAUUUCCACAUUUCCACAUUUCCACAUUUCCACACUUCCACACUUCCAGAGUUAUUAGACAAACACAAUUAAGGAAGACAUAUUUCCACAUUUCCACAUUUCCACACUUCCAGAGUUAUUAGACAAACACAAUUAAGGAAGACAUAUUUCCACAUUUCCACAUUUCCACACUUCCACACUUCCAGAGUUACUAGAUAAAUUAAGACAAUGAGGACAUACUUCCACAUUUCCACAUUUCCACAUUUCCACACUUCCAAAGUUAGCAACUAAAAGUACUCGAUUCUACCGUGACAAGACAUUGUAAUGCGUUCAUGUCAAUGCAUAAGUUUGUCUCUAUUAAGACUACCCGGUUGCAUACAUUUGUCAUAAAUUAACGAUAAUGUUUCUCUUUUGUCCAUUCCAUUCUGAUGACGCGUUCUAUGCUCUUCUACCCGAAGUAAAAGCCGAGUUACGCGCGGCAUUUUGAGUUAAAUAACUCCUGCAAGCGAUGUUCACUGAACGACUGAAAACAAUCGGCACAGCGAUUAAAUUACAAGAGAGACUACAAACAAUCAAUAAAAGAAAUAUAAUUCGGUGAAGCAUAUACAGAGACAACAAUUUUCAUUCAGGAAGACAAGUAUUUAAGUGUCCCUAAAAAUCCUGAGUCUUCAAGCUUCAAGCUUUAGUUCAUGUUUUAAGCCGGCUUCCCGGUGUUUGCUUUUUUCAAAGACGAACUCGAGGCAAGAAAAUCGCUCAAAGCUUUCUUUUCCGGCCAGAAUUAUAACUAAAUAUUCUUUGGAACGUUUUCUUUCUAUUUGCGGUGAGAAACUGUCUAAAGGCUUUUUAAAGUUCUGUAAGCUUAUAUCAAACCUGAUACUCGGUCAGAUCAUUGUCUCAAAUCUUACAAACGUGCAUAAACUAAAUGCCCGCAUAAACUACGCUCGACUUCAUUAAAUUAGAUACAAAAAACAAACAUCAAAUACAAUAAUUUCUCUGGCUUACCAUUCGAGAUGCAGCUCCAGAAAGGUAUCAAGAAAAGCCAGUAUCGCUUCAGACUUUGCAAUCCUCUUACGCAUCAAGCAAGGUGAAAACGAAAACGAUGCCAUCCGAAAUCCGAUUUCCGACUUUGACACGCGACGUAUUCCUCAACCAAAAACCCAAUAAACAAACUAGCCAUGAAUAACAGAAGACUCCUGAUAGCAGCUGAAUUUCAUUUUGCACAUCCAGUGGAAAAAGACAGUUAAAAACAUCACAAGUUGACACAAAACUCUGUUAGCUUCAGCGGUCAAAGUACACAAGAUUUAAGAUGCUGCAUAAAUUUUCCGCAUGAACUCACCUGUCAAAUUUUGACCAAUCAGAGCAUAAAAAUUGGACGUAGAGCGUGACCAACGCGUGACCAUGGUGAGAAAAGUCAAAACCAACUGUCUUCCCUGCCUGUAACAGCUGGCUGAAUUUUCGCGUCCGAGGUCAGUUUGCAAUCAAAAUUUUAAUUGUGUAGCACAUAAGCACAACAUAAUUAUUUCAUAUGAAUUUAGAAAAAAAAUGAACUUGAGCCUGCGAUCACUUUAAAACUAGUAACUUGUCAGCGGAUAGCUUCAAAAAAAUACUUGACCUCGAUGGGUCGACACCUGAGCCCGCGAUACGGUCAAGUGAUACUGGUCAGCGGGUACCCUGUUUUGACAGCUGUCAAUUGAUCAAAAUAUUGAUGUCAAAUAUGUGUGCAUUAUAAGUUUAACUAGUUAGAGAUUGAACAUUGUUCGCGAUCUAGUAAAACAAUUAACUGGUCAGCGGACAGCUUCCAAAUAAAUCACGUCACCUCGAUGAGUUGACACAUGAGCCCACGAUAUGCUCAUGGGAUACUGGUCAGUGGCAAUCCUGUUUUGACAGCUGUCAAUUGACCAUAUUGUGAAUGUCCUAUACUAAAAUCCUAUAUUAAAGAUGUGGACUUGCCAACACACCCCUGAGACACCCCUCCCUUCCUUUUGAUAGUCUUCCCUACCCCACCCGUACAAUCUGUAGACGCGUACGUACGUAUGUACGUACGUACGUACGCUCGGUCAAUCACGUGACAACCAAACGAAAAGAGGUUGACCAUAUUCAAUGAGUAUGGGGCUCUGUCCCACGCGCGCUUCGCGCGCGCGGGAGCCCCGCUAAAAAGUAUGAUCUAUCAAAUGCUAAAAUUUUUCAGAAGGAUAGCAUUUCAUUCCGAGAUGAUCUUAAGACCUUUAUUUUGCUUUAAAGAUACAAAAAAUACAGGUUCAUUAACAUUGAACUCUUUGAAACAAAAGAAAUUAAUCUUCAACUUUUCUUGUUAACCGUAACUGAAAAAAAAUUAACCGAUAGCCGUAAAAGAGCCAAAAUUUCAGCCGAUAACCGUAAAAGCCACCACCCCAUCGUUUAGGGACGGACUAUUAGAAAACUUAUGGGGGCGGGGGCGCGAAGUACUAAAAAAAUAUUCGCGCAAGGGAAAAUUAAUCCAAAAAAAUAUUCAUGCUAUGGCCCAAAAAGAAAUCAUACAAGGAAUUUGAUAACGAAAAGUUGGUAAGUUUGCCUCUUACCGGCGCGGCGUGUGAGUCAGUCGAGAUAGUUGACCCCUGAGGACUGACGUGCUAGACUGGACUCACUUAUGUAAACUCGCACUACACGUGCGUGGAGAGGGUUUUGGUUGGUUUGUUUUUCGCGCUUUCAAGAGUUAUUUUUAUUGGAGUUAAUUAGCUGUUGGGUCGACCUACCAAAAGGUUGAACGAAAGUAGUUUACUUUGCAGUAAAAAUUUGCGAAAAGUUUGCGAACUACCAAAAUAUAUAUUAAAAAAACGUGAACGUCUGGUGCAUAAAUGUCUGAGAUCAUUAAACGCGCUAAAUGGAAGCAACCAUAAGUAUGCGGAACCGAUUAUAAAUGUGAUUAAAAUAUUCGGUAUCGGCAUUUAGACGAUUUUCGACGCGGUAUUUCGGUAUUUGCCAUUUUGUCUUACGGUAUUGCGGUAUUGGGUACCCCCCAAUGUCCCCUUCGUUAAUAGUUUUCUGAUCAUGAAUCCCUCAAUAAUAACUGGUGAAAAUUAUCGUUCAGAUCUUCUUUUACUAAUUCAGUCCAAGUGCCUAUAUGUUCUAGAAUUACGGUUGGUUUCGAGUCUAACUUUAACAACAAUGCAGUGCGUAAAAAAGAAAAAAAUCUGAACUUGAUCAACGAAAUGAGUAGAAAUUACAGACGUGUGAGAUUUGUAAAUCUCUCCAUGAGCUCCCUUAACGUUUUCUCCGAUGAAUGCUCCACGUUCUUAGACAUGAUGAAUGACAUUGGCAUUGACAAAAAGCAGCAACUUUAUAUAAUCAAGAAAAUGAUAAACAUAACCAUUAGAGCAACAUAUUACAUCUUUUGUUGAAGAAAUAGGAAUUGGGAUAGCCCAGACAAUUUUGAUUUCUUUUCUUUUCUUUUUUUCUUUUUUUUUGCUUUUGUUUUGUUUUGUUUUGUUUUUUAAUCAUCCAAUGUCAAGCAGCAUUUGUAAAUUGCCUAUACGUAGCGAGAUUUACAAUUGUACAUUCAAAAACACAAAUACAGUUUCCAUUAUUAUUAUAAUUAUCAUUAUUACAACGAAAUUAAUGAUUUAUCCCAUAAUUCAUGUUAUUGUAUAACUAUCUCCAGGGGUUUCCAGCAUAAAAGUUGCGGGGGUGGUCCAUCUGCGGAAAAUUAAAAAGUGACUAUCUGUGCGUCUCCCGCUCAACCCUAGGCUACCUAGGCGAUGUUUUUAUCGACAAAAAUGUUUCCUUGGUAACUUUUAUUGGGGAAUCCUCUCCCGGAUAAAUAUUAGCGAAACGUUCCUAGCGGCGAAGAGCGAGGAGAAACGGAUGUUUUCGCAGUCUAGGUAAAUAUAUUCUAAAUUUAAAUUUGAACAUGUCUCCUAAGCAGCUGUUCUUUUUGUAGUUACGUGACGACAAUACGAAGGGCUCUCUUAGGAAACCAGAGCUGUCCAUGCUCUUACGAAUGCUCACCAUGUUUUUUAUUUCCAUGCCCCAGAUCACUUAUGCCUUUGCUAACAAUUCAGAGCAACUUGUGAAUGAAAAAGUGUUGGGACAUGUUCUACUUGAAGGUAUUUCCAACUUCCACCAGUUCUUUGUUGUUUUUUAGCCAGCCAUUGGGUUACUAUUCGUUACUCUUGAAAAUACGGCGAUAAAAUGAUCAUUCUAACUGUUCUAACAACUGUCUAAGAGAGACAAAAAAAAAAAAAAAAAGACAAAUUAAGAUCUUACAUGAGACAGUGUAAGCACAUUUGGCAGGGAGCUGGUCUCAGACAGAUAGCGAUAUCGCCGGUCAUAGGCUCGGUCCGGACCAUUACUCAGGAUUGUAAAAUAAUUGGCAGAAUAAUCGUAAAAUCGUUCUUGUCUAAACCAAAAAAAAACUAACCAGUGACUAUUUAGAGAGAAUGACGCUUGACAAAUCCAAGAAAUGUUUGCACACACGCGGUCCAGAUGGAAUUGGGCACUAGAGUUAACAUUAGGAUGGUGUCUUCAUUUGUUAUAUUAGCCUCGUUUUCAUGACUUAGGAAUCUUGAUGAUAAUGUCCCUGAUGGCAGAAAGCCCCCUCUCCCCCAACUGAUGUUGGAGAACUGCAUUAGAUCAGUAAUAUUAAGCAUAUUAGACAAAAAAAACCAUAAUAGAGAGCAGCAAAUUGUUUAAAAAGUCACAAAAUUUAAAAAUUGAACUUGACUUUUAAUCCGAAGUUUGUUUCUCUGUCAGCGGUGGUGGUGAACAAAUGCUCUUUCCAAUCCGGCUUUUGUGACUGGAAGAAUAUUGCAGACAUGGAUCACAAGUGGAAACUGUCAACCGAUUUAUAUACCUUAAUGAACUAUACAGGUGUGUUUGUCAAACAUUUAAAAUCUUAGUCUUUUUUAACACCAUUUAUACCAGAAGAGAGACUAAAAACGACCAGGAAGCGGACAAGGAAGGAAACAAAGAAUAGAAAGCCAGAGCGGCGCCACUUGGGCUCUGCGAAGGCAGCGGUAAAAGAUAAAGAAGCUCGGAAGGAGAAGUUCAUGGCUUUAUGUGUCUGCUGACACAAUGAGUCAUAAUGAUGAUGAUAUUAAUUUUAUCGAGGAAAGUAUUUACCAAGAAAAUGUUCUUACAGCGCGAAAAUAUUUACUCUUUCCAGGUUAUUUUGCAUACGUUGAUGGUGCAUACAAAGCUCAGUUAAAAAGUCCAUUGUUGCCGUGGAAACCAUUUCACCGAAUCGUCGGUUUGUGUCUCAGGUUUAAGUACCUUAUGAAAACUCAUUCCAAGUCAUUUUUAAGAAUAUUUCUCAAAGAAGCUAAACAAGAAAAACCAGUUUUGGCCUGGCAGCUAAGCGGCUACCAAGGUGAAGACUGGUCAUUAGCUCAAGUGGCUUGGUCAGGCGCAGAUACCACUCAGGUAGGUGAAAGUGCGGACACUUUCAAUUUUGCCCUUUCUAUUCCAAAAAGGUCAAGACAGAUCUCGUCUGGAACGGUUACUUAUUCCUACCCGAGCCGUUUCGUAUCUCUUUUAACAUGUAAACGGGUUUCAACUAUCCGGCUUGGAGAAGCGUCCGCGUUUUUGAUAACGUCGCUCACACACACUAUACUUUAUUUUCAUACACAUCAUUUUGCCAUCUCCGCCCGCAAAUAGCAAAAGCUAGACGAGGCGGGUGGAGAGGAAAGGUUACAGCAGUCAUAACAGAUAAUAUUGUAAAGUAAAUAAAUAAACUAUGUGGAUAAAUAAGCUUUAACAACGACAACGGCGAAAGCGAAAAUAGCACUUUUAUUAAGAAUUUACUCGUUGUCAAAUUUUGUUGCGAUCAUCACACUAGCUUUAUAUGUAAAAUGUAAUUUAAUUUCCCUGGAAUUAAAUUCUUGGGGACCUAACCCCAGUGUUAAGUAUAUCACGCUACAUGAAAUGUCGCAUAAGGGAAUUUGGCGUCUUACUCUUGCAGGAAUAGAGAAUUGCUGAUUGAGUAUUAAGACAUUUUGUUUGUUUGUUUGUUUUUGACGCUCGCGUUGCCGUCAACGUCGUCGUUGAUUGAGCUUCCUAAUGUCCGAAGGAGGGUAGGUACCAACUGCAGUGUUCGUUUCCGGGAGUGUCAGGUUUAUGGGGGCUUCUGCAUGUUAAAAACCGUUGCAACUCUCACUUUAACUCAAAAUGGCUCCGUACAUUUUUCAGACAAUUUCCAAUUUGCUCUUCUUUUGGUUUUGGAUUAAUUAAAACGGUGUUGUUAUCUACUCUUCAUUUUAGAUCAUUUUUGAGGGAGAAGGUUUUCUUGCUCAAAAGCUCAACAUAGCAAUCGACAACAUUACUGUCACGACAGAGAAUUGCUCCUUGAGGCCUUAUUAUGCAAAACCAGGUGACCUUUUCUGUCCGAUUCUAUUCUUACUUUAAGGUCCGAAUAAAAUGACACGUUCAAAGGUUAAUUAGCCCCUCGUCGAAGUGGUUCACCACGCUCUCUGAUUCAACGUCUCUCAGAACGGCGUCGCUUAUAAAGCUAACUACUUUUUAUAAUUUCAAUGUUGUUACUGUUGCUCUAAUUCUAAAGAUUGUUUAGUAAACGCUUUUUCCCACUUAAUGUAGUUAUCCACUAGAGGACAAGUAUUGGUCCCACGCGUUAGAUUGCUUCACGGCUGGGUGCACUGAUUGUAAGUUAAAACCUUUCGGGACUUAGGGCCUGUUUACAUGGAGUGGGGGACCCCGUUCUAGUGGGGUUGGUUUCUUUUGUUUUCACGCUCUGCAGGACACAAAACAAAAGAAACCUACCCCACUAGACCGGGGUCUCUCACUCCAUGUAAACAGGGUCUUAAUUCGCGCGUAAUUACGCCUCGAAAAUUUAACGGACACGUCAUCGAUAAAGCACUUAAACAAUACCCAUCCAGUGGUCCUAGCCGUUAGGGUGGAGAAUCAGGCGAUACCGACGGCUGGAGACCACACCUACUGAAGGUCGAGCUUCCUUAAGUAUAAGUGGUCUGUCAGGCUUUAUCAAAUUGACAUUUUUCAACAUUUUCACUCUUUUUCGAUUAGGUAUGUUUCAUUGUAAAGGAGGAGGCAUCUUGCCAGCAACUGCCUUGUGUUAUGAUACUAAACAGGACGGCUGUGACCGAGAAGAUGAAAUCAACUGCCGUAAGUCGCCUUAUUUUAUCACUUGCAUUGUGCUUUAUUUCCAAUUGCCUCGCGCAAAAAAAUUAAAAGUAAAUCAAUAAAUAAUAGUAACAACAACUAAUAAUAUUUUAAAAAAUGUGUUAGUAGAGAGCUGUCUACUGCUAGUUUUAGUUAAAGAAACUAAGAAGGAUCUCGGUGAUGACAGGCGAACAGAAGAAAAAGGAAGGCAAAAGAGGAAAAGUGAAUUUAUUUAGAGUUCCUUUGGAGGAACUAUAUUGCUUAAAGGGUUAAAGGCUUGGAUUUAAAAUCUAGCGAAAUUCAAUCGCAGUCAUUUGAAUGGAAAAGGGCCAAAAGGCAGGUUGUUUCCACAUAAUCACACUUAACGAAUGGAAAGGAAAUGAAAGGAAAAAUAAAGCAAGAUCGAGGAGAACUAAAAGAGGGGGAAGAGAGGAAAAGCAAUGGUUGUACACUUAGCUUUUACGUUAGCUUCUCUGGGGAUUAGUUUUUGUGCGACUGAAAAAAACUGCUUGACGGAGGCGGUCUAUUAUUUUGGCGGUGACGUCAAAAAUCCGGCUUUAUAUAAAAGUGCGUUAAUGUAGCCUUAUUUCAAACCCAAAUGCUCUAUCGUAUGUGUGAAAAAUAAGCCAUUUUAAGCCAAUUAAUUAAAAAGAAAUUUUACUAUUUUUUUUCCUAUUUCAAAGCAAUUUCCUAAACACUAACCAUGAUGAUCUUGCUAUUCCUUUGGGCUUAAAAACUCUCAACCACCAUGUCUCAGGUAACAACCAGUAUUGCUAAAACCUCUCUCGUUGCUUUCAUAAGGAAAUCAAUGUUCUGAUUAUCAAUGUCUGGACGGGUCAUGCAUUCCCUGGGAAAGAACAUGUAGGAAAACCUCAUUUUGCAGGGAUAAAACUAACAUGCCCUCUAUUUGUGGUAAGUUACCAUAAUCAAGGACCUGUAAAGCUGCUAUUCUCAUAGACUGUCUUUAAUAAGUGUUGGUUGAUUUAUUUGAACUUGCUAAGCUUUCUGAUCGGCUGUCAGUCAGCAGGUAGUGAAAUGGUGUUAAAAUCAAGGCUGCGUCUGCGUUAGUCAAGUUUUCCGUUUUCAAGUCAUUCUAUCGUUGUCAGUUUUACUCAGGUCCGUCAUGAAUAAUUCAUCUGUAUGGUGCCGGUAACUGCUGACCUCAAUUAAGCGGGGUAUAUUCUAACUUAGUGAACCAGCUUUCGAAAGUGAGUCCUUGAUCUUAACCUGUUUUCAAGCUUUGGCGCUGGCCAUACUUGCCGCCUUUUACUUAACAUAAGUUCUUUCCAGGAUCUGGAAAGUGCCGUCUUAAUGACCUAGCUUGCUCAUCGAAAACAUCAAGUGGAAUCUUAUCGUUCAGAGGUAAGCAAACAGCAGAACUUAAAAUCCUUUACUCACUUAAUUGCACUGCUAUCUUAGAGCGCAUUUAAAGCCCCUGUGUACCUUAUCACACCUUCGGGCAGACACGUGGCAUCGAAGCGAAAACAGGUUCUCCAUUUCCCAUGACAAUGGAGCUCUCAUGGCGAUGUUCUUCGCAACUAUGGCAGCUUAUUGUCACUGAAUUUUGUCAAAUAAGUCUAAGGAAGAAACGGCAACAUUUUGAUGGGAAGAAGAUCUGACAAAGACUUAUUUACAAAACAAAUUGAAUACGUCACUUGCACAUCUCCCUUAAUGCACCUUAUUUGCCCCAAAAAAAAAUUUUGCCAACCUUUGUUUUUCAUUUCUCCUGGGUACUUACAGCUGUCCCAAGAGAAAUUGAAAACAAUGCUUGUGCAAACUUUUUGGGGGGCAAAUAAGGUGCAUUAUGGGAGAUGUGCAAGUGGCGUAUGCAAAUUUCCUCCGGGGAUGGUAUUCAUCUCCCACAAGGGACAAUCCCCACCAACAAGUCUAACACUGACUGCAAGGUAAGAAGUAACUAUUUCUUGGCUAAUCUUCAAAUUCGACCAUUCUUUCUUGAUUAAAGGACAUUGCAACUUUCAAAAUGGUCUCUGUGGCCUAAGAACCGAUAAAAAUGAUACAAUCCAGUGGACUGUGGGAUCAGGACAAACACCUACGGAAAGCACUGGACCGAGCCAUGACCAUACUUCUUUUAACAAGAAUGGUAAGGUUAUCUGAAUGAGAACCUUGAACCCUUGCCUCGGUACAUGUAACUAUGAUAUCUAAGAGCAUUAAAAAUAUGCCUUUUGUUGUGAAGGGAUAUAGAAACCUUCCAAGAGGCAUUUACGGAAUGUAAUGUUUCAUGUCGUUUCCAUGACAACUAUGUAACAGUCAAAGUCAUGUCCAGAUAAUUAUAGGAUACCCUUUGAUUCUAACCUCACAAAAAUAAGUGACAUUUUAUCACACCGAGUUUGCACUAGAGGCGAUACUAUCGGAUUCAUAAGUGUUUCCAGGUAUUCGGAUUCGAAUGCUGCAACUGAUUAAAGUCACGCGACAGGCUUUAAGACCGCAUAACUUGAUCUUCCUGUUAUCUUUUGUUCUUCUAUUGUCUCCAAAACAAUAACGAUGUUUCACCAAUUUCCACCUACAAAUAAUAGGAGCGACAUUUGAUUGACAAAAAUUUGCAUUUACUCGCGACGCGUUUCUACAGGCGCGAUUCCGUAAUGGUUAUAGUAAACCUAGCUUAAGAUUGACGUUUCAGUAAGAAAAGAAAAUUCUAGUGAUUCGCCAAGAGAAUUCAGCACAAAAUUGCUGAAGCCUUCCCAAUUGAUAUUCCAGUGAUACUUCGACUGCUCUUUCAUGAUGUUAUUGACGAUAUUGACGCAUAACAUGAACCACCAAAAUAGCGCUAGAACACUCCUUGUUCGUUUAUCCAAAUAGCCUACAGAAAGUGAACGAAUGCCAAUCCUGAAGAGGGGCAACGAUAAACAAGAUGUUCAUCAUAGUUAAAUAUUACAGGUGUAUUUGUUUUAGUUAAUUUUUUAUUUCAGUUAAUUUUUAUUUUUCAUUGUUUUUGGGUAUGGUAAUGUAUGCCAAUGAAUUUAAAACAAAGGAAAAACAAAAAUUAACUGCAACAUGUACGUUUCAGGCUCUUAUAUUUACAUCGAAGCGUCUCAAAGGAAGCCUGGGGAGAGGGCGAGGCUACUAAGCAGCUGGAUGGAACCCAAUGAGACAAUCUGUCUGCAGUUUUGGUAUCAUAUGCACGGAUUGGACAUUGGAAACUUGAGUUUGUAUUUAAAAACUGACCAAUCAGAGAGUCUUGUCUGGAGACUUUCAGGAGAAAAGGGGAAUCGCUGGAGAUUUGGACAGGCAGCCCUUAACAGCCAAAAUUAUUAUAAAGUGAGUUAUAGCAAGCUGCAUAUUCAGUCACCUCUCGUCGCCCACCGCCAAGAGGGGUAUAUUCCUAUAUCUCCCCUCCAGAAGGUGAGCGACGUGACUCGGUGAGGUAGCUUUAUUCGCAUGCUAAGUAAGUAAAAUAGUUUUAGUAACCACCAGUUUGAAACGCUUUGCUGUAACAAAAUUCCCAAAAACAUACACCCUUGGGAAAUGCAUCUCUCUGGCCGUAGGACUAGAGCUCGAGGUCUGACCUUGUUUGCUUAGCUGAGCCUCAAUGAAACAAGGCUGAAUGUGUUUUCGGUAUCCAUUUCAGUUUGUUUUAGAGGGAACAGUUGGUGGUGGAAGUAAGGGUGACAUUGCAGUGGAUGACUUGAUGGUGUUGGAUGGAAAUUGUGAAACCAUUCUGAAACAAGGUAGGUUAACUAAUGAUAUGCGGCCAAUUUAAAACAGUUGUGAAAAAAGGAUUGAAUCGUGGUCAUUGUAAUACUCACUGUUUGUAGCCACUCCAUCGCAACGCAUCAGAUGAACAACCAAUGCCGUGCACCACAUGCCUUUGCAUAGCCUCAAAUCUGUGUCCUGGUUUUUCCUUUUUCUGUUUUGAGCGUGCUUUUCGUGCUUGGGGCAGGUUCCUUCAGAAACAACGAAUACUGGGUUCAUUGAGUUAUUUAGAUCUCAUGCCUUAAAGGAGAUAAAAACUAUCGAUAUCUUUAUGGAGUAUGACUUUUAGCAACGGCUCUUUGGCGGGAAAUAUCAAGGAUAACAUUAUUCCAAUGGAAGCUUUUCAAACGUGGUCAGUCAUGAUCGGUUAAGAAAAAACACUUGUAUGGUGCCCAUUUUCGGCCUUUGACUCUUAAUUCAUGGAGUGAUUCAAAAUCCUACGUUGUGACUGAAAACGGCGUUACCAAUCAAUUUGAAGAGAGGAAAAAUCAUCAAGUCUCAAGGCCAGCAAGCCAUAUUGUGCUUUACUUCUAACUGGUAGAAAAAGCAGUGUUAACUCUCUUUGGGCUGUCAAUCAAGGAAAAUCAUUUUGAUGGAAAUAAUUCCAGUCAGAGCCACUAAAAAUCUAAAAAGUGCUAAUCAUAAUUAUUUUUCCUUUACUCUGACAAGGGAGUCCAGACUGCCAUUUUGAAGAAAGUAUGUGUGAGUGGGAAGCCCAGGAGGGAUGGGUCCUGGAUGCAAUCUUGGUGGGAUUGGAGAAGUGGGGUAAGUUGACCAAUUUUAGUAACACGGUCUAUCAAAAGGUGCGCCACCAAGCCGCAGGCAAGUUGGUCACUGAUGUUCCUUGCGAAUUUUACAAACUUGCUGUUCGUGUUAACAGACCGAACGAAAACUCGAACUUAAACGAAACAAUCGAAGCUGUUGUGCUGCUCGGUGGGAAUAGGGAAGUGCAAAAUUAGUUUUAUCAACUGAUUUAUUGGGGUAAACUUUCCACCAUAAGGAUAUUCAAAGAUUACUUCUGAAAAUCGAAUUGGCUUAAACUGCAUGUGCUCAUAUUGGCUUCUUCCAGCUUUUCGUGUUUUCUCUCCCUUUAUCUCAUGGGAUGGCGGGUAUUCCCAUAUCUUACCUGGGACACGUUCGUUAUAGUAUCGUGGCUUUCCCAUCUUUAUAUGCUAUAAGAGAAUACAAGCUCACACCAGCACUUUUGACCAAAUUUACCUGCAAAUGAAUAUUCCGUUAUUUCCUGUUCCAGGAAAUACAGCUCGCCCACAGUAACACUACUAUCAGCAUGGACAAAUUUUAAUAAACGAUGGAAUCUGAAGGAUACAUUCUCGUUAUUAGCUCAACGGCGUUUAUAAAACGUAAUUAAUAUCAAAUCAUCGCAUUUAAUCUAAGGCUCUCUAUCUGGCAUUUGCCCGUGCAGUCUUUUGUUGCCCUUCAAAAAUUCCAUUCUAUUUUUUUCCCUCUCCAUUUCGACUAGCACUGAUAAACUAGAAAAUAUUUCCUUCCUUAAACAGAUGAGAUGUACCACUUCUUGUCCUGCUGGUUGUUACAUAAGAAUACAUUAUACCGAACCUCUUGUUCUUUGUUGAUUACGUCGUUCUCGUGAGAACGGUGCAUCCCUCUCUUUGUUUUUCCAGUAUUAACUGACUGUUUCUAAUCCAUCUCAUCUUGUCUAAUCUUCCUUCUCUCAACUCUAUGGCUGGUUGGUAGAGCGCCAGUUAGAGGAACAGAAGGUCGGGAGUUCUACUCCAGGCCGAACCAACAUUCAGGGUACGUCUGACAAUAUCAGUUCUACAAAAUAAUAUCCUGUCUUGAUAUGGCUCAAGUGACUUUAGUGAAUCUAGUUCCCAAGAACUAGUUUGCUCUUAGAGUCUGAUCUGAAAUGGAAUGUACAUAUCUACAUCCAGUGUUCUUUCAUCUUUGGAUUUUACAGCACUUGCUGAUAAUUGCCUUGCCUGAAAAACCUGAUUAAGCCCUGGUGAACUUUGGUGCAAGACUGGAUCAACCUACCAAUGUGUCGGGGUUAUCAGACCAAGCUUUACCUAAUGCGCAAACACCUACCGUAGAUUUCAACUAAUCCUACUUGGAUAGCCUGGUAAAACCAGACGAAACCAGGCUUUUUUGCUCAAUGCGUUAAUUAAGACCUGGACUGUCAGAUUGUUAGGUAAAUUUCAACCAGACUUAACUCGAAGGCAUUGCAUAACCCUUACUUUAGGUUCAACCUGAAUGGAUUUGGCACUAUAUUCUCAAUGGUCUAGUAGGCCAGCUUGAACUAGGCUUCGCCAGGCUUCAAACCAGAUUUAAGAAUGGUCUUAAGUUUGAGCCAAAACCAAAGACAAUGUUAUUACCGCUACGUAAUGACAACAAACGACUUUUUUAUGUUUAUGUUCUUUAUAGGCGGAUAUAUCUCGCUUGCUGGCGUAACUGCAACGCUCUCAUCUCCGAUCAUCAACACACAUGAUUACGAAUGGAAGUGCUUCCGUUUUCGGUAUAUCAUUGGCAGUAUACAUGUUCAUCACUUUGACAUACAUUUUUUAACGGUGAUCAUAAGAAGUGUGACAUCAAAUCAGACUAUGCAGCUUUUCUUUGACGAUAAAGUAACGAAUGAGUUGCAUUACGUACAGAUACCCAUACCCAGCAAUUACUUCAAUGCGCAGGUAGGUUAUCUCUCAUUGUCUGUGCCAAACUUUGAUAGCGAUGUGUGAUGUGUAAUGAGUUUAUUUUAAUUUUCCGGUAGAAAUAACACAUAAACUGACGAGUUAAGAAAUUAUUGUACUACUUGAAAUUCGUAAUUGUAAUCAUGAAUUUCAUGAGCAUUCUUUAUCUACUGGUUCAAGAAAAUUCAAAGCUAUAUCAAUCAUCUUUCGUUUGACUUCAUGGACUGUUACCAAACCGAUAGACGUGCUCAGAAUUCGCUGGGCUAACACCUAGAGAUCGAAGAAAGCAAGGUACGGGGGACGAUUCUCCCUGCUUGGCUUGUGGAUUGGGAAUAUUGCAUUUGUACCAUACAAUACCAUGAGAGAUAUAACCAGGCAAACGUAGACAACCUCUCUCUCACGAAAGUGAACGUUAAAUUUCUCCCACUCAAGAAGAAAAAUAUCGGGCUUAGUAGUUUAUAUUUUUACUACGUUAAAUCAUUAUGAUAUUUUAUUAAUUAAGGCGCCCGAUCGACCAUUCUUAUUCUUAGAUUGAACGAGCAUGCAAGCAUGACAGCUGAGUGAAGUGGUUUUGAUUGGCUAGUACGUUGGUACAUUUCUUAGGGCCCAGUGGCUAUCAAUCAAAAGUAGAUAUUACAGCUGCAUUUCUUCCAAGAUAAAAUUUGGUGUUUUUUUCUACGGCUUACAGAUUGAUUUUGUGGCCGGCAAGGACAGCCUCUUAUCUUUCGACCUGGUCAUCGCUAUCGAUGGCGUGUCCUUUUCCAAGGAGCCUUGUGAACGCAUCCCUUGGAAGCCGGAGAAUGGUAAAAACUGAACAAAAGUGACAUUUCAGCUAUUUUUUUUGUUUACUAGAUUACUGUUGUCUUUUUUUCGCCGUUGUACGGUCAGCGUCAAAGUCAAGUCCUAUUCAGAUUGGAACAAUGUUUGGGUGCGUCCGAUUGAUCGUAUUCAGGAAUAAGAAUACGUAAGCGCUUUGUUACAAAUCUCUUGUACCGGAAUUCAGUCAGUCGAACAUGCCCUUGGUAAAAAAUUGGAAACUGAUGUUUAGAAUAAUUUUUCUUAAUUAUUUCACUGAAGAAAACAUGAAUUCUGCAUGAAUUUCACUACUUAACGAUUGCACAUUUAACCCCAAAAUUUGAAGCGCAACAUAAGAGACGUAGCAGGAUACAGAGUAACAAAUUGGCUAAGACGAUGUUUCCCUGGAUUUGUAGACCAUUCCUGUGGAAACUUUGACUUUGAAAAGGGGACAUUGGAGGGAUGGAUAGCACAUGGAGCUGCCUUCAGCCACCAGCCUACCUUAGGAGAUAACAUCCGCGCUCGAACGUCUGGGUAUAACAAAACUUCAUCGGGACACCAGGGCAGUUGGUGGAUUGGCACGUAUGAAAACCGAUCAAAAGCUGACAUUCCAGCUGGAGAAGUGCAGGGAAACACGCCAACCGGAGGUCUUGUGUCAUCACUCAUACGCAUUACAGGCCCAGACGCCAACUUUUUGCUCGGUGGAGGCUGCGGUUCAAAGACAGUAGUCUAUUUAAUGCUCGAUGGCAUUGCCCGUCAAUUUAACGACAAGAUCAAGUGCAAAGAACAAAUGGUCCGAGUCACAUCUCGUGUCUUCAACGAUUUCAUAGGAAGGGUUGGACGAAUAGUCCUUUUAGACUACGACGAAGGAGGACAUUUAAAUUUUGAUGACUUCAGGGGUGAUUUUGUUUGCCUUGGUAAGAUUGCAAAUAAAAUGUAG